GAAGAUGGACAUCAGUGAUUUGAUAUUUCAGCUGCUACAACUUCCUCCGGCCUUUUCCUGCCACAACCAGCAUUAAACUGUGUGGUUGAACUUAGGAUAUGUGUAAAUUUUUCAGGCCUAUUUCCAUGAGAAAUACUUUGAUUGAUUGCAUGUAAAUAUGUGUUUAAAAAAUCAGUGUAAAUACCUGUGCUGUGGGAGCAGACUAGGAGUGACAUGCAUAUUUGUUUGUGUUGUGUUGCUCAGGUAAGAUAUUUUUCUAAAUAUCUGAAACUUGUAACUCCAAUGUUUCGUCUAGUUAACCUUCAGCCAGGGACGUGACAAGAUGCAUCAAUGAAAGUGUGGAUGUUUUAACAUGUAGUUACAGGUAUAAUGGAGGGAGGGCCAGGAGAUCUUUCCACCAUGUCUUUACGGCCAUGGGUUGACUUUCCUUGGAUAAAUCUUUGGUUAUUUUUGGUGUAUCCAAAAUGUUCCCACACUGCAGACUUCAUCCAUUUAUUUUGUGGAUAUAAAACUUAGGUAGUUGGUCCCUCUGCUAUAGUUAAGCUAAUGUAGUGUAGCUUCUUUAAAAGGGAGCCUAGCCAGUUGUAGGUGUGCAUGUGAGUGGAUGAAGAGCCACAGAACCCGGGAUGGAAGCCCCCAAAUAGCACAGUUUGUUUGCUCGCUGAGUCAUAGUUUCAGGUAUCAUUGUUAGUUUCAUUAUGUCAAAGAUUUUUGACACACUAUUCUCUAAAGCUUAAUUUUAGACAUGUGCACACUUGCAGAAAUGCAUCUCAAAGUGUUAAAACAGCAUGAAAAAGUUUAAUAUUUCCAUCAGUCCUUUUUAAAAAGGUGAGAAGUUGGUAUGUUCUAGACUCAUUACCUUCAAAUUGAAAUGUUUCAAGGAGUUUAUAGCCUGCAUCCAAAAAGAUUAGAAAAGCGUAUUUCUUUUUUUUGCAUUUGUGUAAACCUCUAUUCAAACCAUCUAAAAUAUCAUGUUUCUUUCAGCCUAAUGCAGUACACUUUACGACAAUCAUGGGUGAGAUCGCUGACUUGACAGUCGUCCAGAAGACAAUCACUGAUACUCUCCACAAGACAGGUAAGUCACUAGAGAUCAUCACUCAAAAUACUGGCUGUUUGCAGAGUGCAUGUAGCAGCAUACCAAUUACAAGUUGACUAGAAGAGAAAAGUGCUGUAAAGGUAAAGGUGCCCAAGAAACAGAAACAGUUGUAGAAAUUCAAUUAUAGGAUUUUGCAGAGCUUUGCAAGAAGUGAGCUGAUGCUGAGGCGUUUUCGCAAAAUCACCUGUGCAGAAACUGUCUCCUACAGUCCCCGCUGGUGCGAUCCUCCCUCACAGUGAGAAAAAUUGUUAUUUUUGUUAUGUGCUUGUAUUUCAGCAGCAUUGACCAUUAAAGCCACAGAUGGUGAUGGCAGCUUUUGUUGACAGUAUGUUGCUAAACAAACUGUGAAUUGAUAAGUUUGGACCGAGUUGUGUCCCUGUAACUUUUCACACACUUCACUCAGUACAUGCCACAUAACAUGCUUGAAAAUUAAAGGUUUAUGUUAGUUAUAUGUCAGUAGUUUAGUUUAGUUUAGUUUAGUUUAGUUUAGUUUAGUUUAUUAAGGAUCCCCAUCAGUCUACACCGCAGUGGAGACUAUUCUUCCUGGGGUCCAGGCAAAAAACAUCACACAAUCACAAAAACAAAUCAUACAAUGCAGUACAGCAUGAUCAAUAAUAAAAUUUUGUAAUACAAAAAUAGCAACAAUAAAAAAAAAAACAAUGACUUAGAGUUUACAUAAUAAUGUUCAUACCAAAGAUAAAAAAGAGCAAUACAAAAUUGAUAUAUAUUUUUAGCAAAAAUAAAACAAAGAACCGUCAUGCAUAUAGAUAAAUAAUUCAGUAUCUCAUUCAUAAUUUUACUUUUAGCAAGACAUUAAGGGUUUUCUCUUUAUUGACAAUGUUUCACCAUCAGGGGGCAGCACAGAUCUGCUUCCCUCUGUGCACACUUGUCUCCUUGCUAUUUCUCCUUGGGACUUACUAUCAUGCACUGCCAUGGGAGGCCAUAUCUCCAUCUGGUAGACUCAGCAUGUUAAUCUCAGUGAUAUUUUUAUACCACAUAAAGAUUGCUCCAUGUGGUUGUUAUUAUUUUACUGCUCCCUAGUCAGUACUUCUCCUUUAAUUGCUGUGUGGUUAUUUUAAUUAUUUAAAUGCCUUUGCACUUUUAUUAUUAUUAUUAUAAUAUGCACCUAUUGUUCACGCUGUUUCUUGUAAAUAUCGCUGUCAUUGUUCCUGUACGCGAGUGGGCUAUUAGGCUUGUGGGCGACAGAAUGACUUGUCUGCUGAAGCAACUCAGCACAAGACAGAAAAUCUAACCACAUCCUUCUAGUGAAAACAGGAAAACACAGGGUUGAAAACAGUGACCAAACCCUCAGAUUUUAACUGACAUGGAUGAGUAUGAAUGCACGUCUCUGUUUGUGCAAGCAUAUGACACGCACACAAACACACACACACAAUCAGAGCUGUGUUUGUGUGUUCCGCUCAAGCACAUGUGACAGGCUCAGAGCUCGUGGCUGAUGCCUGUGCUUGUGGAUGUGUAAUAGUAGCCAAAGUGUUGUGCAUGAAGCCAGAGCUAUUUAUAGAAAUAACAGCUCCUUGUGCUGCAUAUUGUGUUUGUGAAGGUUGUAAGGCAAGUUUUUACUUCAGCUACCAACACGACAAUGUAGUUCUGUCAGGUCUUGUUCUUGCUUUUGCCUGAGCUCCUUCAAUUUAAAGGGUAUUAUUUAAAAAUUAUAAAAACAUUAAAGUACUUAAUUUAUCUUUAUGGUCAAAACUUACAGAGAAAUCAAGUAUUUCAGGGAAUUUCUUCUUUGAUUUUUACCAACAAGAAAGUCUAGCACUCCUGAGUCAUCCACGAGACAAACCCAAAGAGUUGUGCGUGAGACAGGGCAGAGAAAGUUUCAGUAUGUCUGAAAGGAAGUUUUGCGGCCGGGCUUGUUUGCCCGAACUGUGAGAAAAUGAAGCAACUCUUUUGCUUCUGUGUCUCUGGUAUCAUCUGAGUGCAUGGAAAUGCCUACUACUGUGCUCUGCAGAACCAGCCUGGCAUGUUGCACUCUGCAGACAAGUGUGAGCGAAGUUAGAUAAACAGUGCAAGAAGACGGUGCUCCCAGUCUAACUGCUUCUCUCCAGCUGAUGCCAGAAUUCCCCGCAUACCUUUUUGAGUGUUAGUAGUGGUGAGAGUCCUGACCUUAGACAUAGAGGAGUGUAUUUGGAUUUUUUUGUUAGGUUGAAGUUUUAAUCGAGAUUGUGUUUCUCUAAAUUUAUUUGAAGGUUUGAGUGAAAGUUUCAUGUGCUACCGAUUUAGUUGUUUUGACAGAAAUCUUCAUUAUUUUAAGGGCGUUAAAUUCAGUCUUAUGACUCAGAAGUCAAUUUUACUCCAGUAUGAUUAUGCAUGGGUAUGGGCGGUCUCCUCCCACAAAUAACUUUAUUGGGGUGUAUUUAACACAAUUAGUCAAUGUCAGCUGAUUAUUAUGCAGAGCAGCAUCUGCUCGCCUGUAAGCUGUGGUGUAAUGAUUAUUUUGAUGAUACAAUCAUAGUCUGAGUAAUAGUCAGUUUUGCAGCUGUCAUGAUUAUUAUGCAUUCUUUAAUGUCACACUAUUACUGGUGUACAAAAUCAGAUAAACAUUUACAGAACUUUGUGCUUUUGCAUGCUGACAAGCUUUAUGGUGAAGGCGGUUUCCUUUUCCAGCAGGACUUGACACCUGCCCACGGCGCCAAAACAGCCACUGAAUGGUUUGUAAAGUAUGACGGAGUAUUGGGGUCACAUUAAGGAAAAACGACUUUGAGAUUCAUUUACGAGAAUAAAGUCAUUACUAAUGAGAAUAAAGUCAUAAUAAAAUCAUUACUUACGAGAAUAAAGUCGUAGUAAAGUAAUCGAUUACGAGAGUAAAGUCAGAAUUAAGUCCUUAUAUUCUAACCUGCUGUUAAAGAUGACAGUUGUUGAAAUGAGAGCCAUGGAGCAUUUCGUGAAAAUGUACUUCAAUAUAGAUUUCUCAAACAUUGAGUUACUUAAUCUUUUGGCACAUCAGCACCAAGUAUCAUAAUGAUUUUAUUAUGACUCUAUUGUCGUAAGUAAUGAUUUUACUGUGACUUUAUUCUCGUAAGUUAAUGACUUUAAUCUCCAAUAUGCUGUCAUAGUAAAGCAAAUACAGAAGAAAAUAAUCAAAAUGAACACAAAUACUAUCACUCCCAUUUGAUUUUCUUUAUAAAAUACUUACAAUAGCUGCCAUAUCCUGAGGUUUUGUGCUGGAAGAACAAGUUACCCAUGUUAUUGAAGCUGUCACUCCAGAUAGGUGAAAGAAAGCAACCUUAAAUUUUAUCUGCCAAAGAUGUUUCAGAUUCUCUGCCAACUCAUCAGCUCAGUAAGUAGUUUGCCAAAAUCAUAGCAUCACCCAGUUAUUGUGCUGUACCAAGUUUGAUGCGUUCGAUCCUAAGGCAGGUACGCAGACGAGUCGUACAUCUUCUUGAAAAAAAAUUUUGUCAUUCUUUGUGUAUCCAAAAUGCUUCCACACUGCAGACUUCAUCCAUUUAUUUUGUGGGUAUAAAACUUUGCUAGUUGAUCCCUCUGCUACAGUUAGGCUAAUGUAGUGUAGCUUAUGUAACAUGGCACAUUAAGCCAGUGCACCACAGGUGUCGCUUUGUUUUUGGCCCAUGUGGGUCUUAAAAUGUGACUAAUAGUGAGACUAGUGCAUCCCUAGCUGCGCUGUUCAUUGAUGCGCUGCAGAUAGUGUUGAGAGUUUUGUUAACCUUGCAGUCAGACACUUCCGUCCAUCAUCUGUCGAUUGUUCAGCAAAACUUUGGUGUUUUUUUAUGACUCAACAAAGACGAAUGGAAAAGGAAAGUGUGGUCACCCUUGAGGGGAAUCUGGAAAUAUUGAAAAAAGCAGAUAUAUAAAAAUGCGACUCUCAUCUGUGACACAAACCGCCAUGUCUGGUGACAAAUUCCUCUGAAGUCAAAUUUAGUUUCAUCACUUUUCACAAAAGAGGCUGUGGACCUGCUUGGCUGGCUUGUCUCCUGUGACUUUCGAUUGGGAGAUAUUAUCUGCUAAGAACUCUGCAAUGACAGCUCUCGCCCCAGCACACUCACUCUGUCAUCCCCGUGUCUACAGAUGGUGUGGGCCGGCUAAUGUCAGGAUUCUCCUGCGAGGAAAAUGUUGAUAACGUGCUGGGUGAUGGGUAUUAUCAAUGCAUUAAAAUAGUGCACAGAUCCCACCUCAAAUACACAUGAAUCUAUUCUAUUCUUUUAAAGUAUGAUUAUGUUGUCUGUAAUAACACACUGACAAAACAGUUUGGGAGAUUUCCAUCGCAGGAUAACACUUGUAAAGCCUGACAAGAACUGCUCUCUUGUAUUAAUUCCACCCCCAGCCUGUAGCCUGUUACUCUGUCUUUGUAGCAUGUGCUUGCCACUGUCACCAGAUUAGCACGCAGGCUUAAAACCCAGCUCACAAAGACACUGUGUACAGAACAUAGCUUGAGUUAAUACUAUUUCCCUCUACUCCAACCUACCAACCUGUAACUCUCCCUGGUGAGCACAAAUCGUUUCUCUGCUCAUAUUAAAUAGGCCAGAGUCGAAUUAAAGUGCAGAUACAUUAGGUAAAAAAGAAAAACAGUGAUGUGAACUUUCAGGAAAGCCUUGCCUCAAGUAUUUCUGAAGCUCAUAAUGUUCUUUAUUAAAACUAAAUCCUCUCUUCUUUAUACCAGAGAGAGGUGUGAUAACAGGACAACCUUGGUAGAUUUCACACCUUACCAACACCUAUCAACAAAAAUAUAACAUGUAAUCUUCACAGUGGUAUUACUUUCAUGCGCAUCCUUGAAACUUUAACAUAUAUUCAUUCAUUCAACUUGAAGGAAAUGUUGCUUUAAGUCAAAUUUGGCCUCUAUGGACAAAGAAAAGAGGUGUUUUUUGACCAAAAAAAAAUCACAUCUACUGAGUUUUAAUGGCUAAAUUUAUCAUUCAUGUGAAUAUUUAAAAAGGGAAUUGUAUGAACAGUUCUGCUGCUUAAAGGGAUAUUCCGGCGUGAAAUUAGUUUAGGGUCAAACACACCAUAACACCGAGUUAGACACCCCCUCGAGAGAUGGAUGUCCCUGACUGCUUGCUUCUCUAGUUAUACCAACUUCAGUAACGACCGCACGAUAGCAAUAUACAACGGUCUGAGGAGCAAUAAACAAACCGCAAUCAAAAAGCCACUCUAUAGCCACAAAUAAUGCUCAGAGAAGGACCUCACUUCAUCAACAGGACAUAUAGGGUCCCAGCCACAGCACUAGCCUAUACUAAACACAACUCACCUACUCUCUUCCAGCAGCCGGUUGUUUGUCGAGAGACCUCAGGCCAGUCCAUUACGGACUACAGUGGGGUGACGCAGUUAAAGGAAGAACAUUUAUGACCAUUUCUUCAUGGAAAUGCAAUCAGACUGAGACGCUAACGCAGAAGAACUACCGUGUCUGCAGUGCAAAAUGAUUAAUAUGGUGAUUAUUACUUCAAGGAAAUGAUAAAGAAAUGAUCAUAAAUGUUCUUCCUUGAGCUGCGUCACCCCUCUGCAGUCGAUAGACUUGCCCGGAGGUCUCUGUACAAAGAAGUGGCUGCUGGAAGAGAGUGGGUGAGUUGUGUUUAGUCUCUUUGCUAAAGAAAUUAGGCAAAGUUAAAAAGCUGUUUGGAGGCUAGUACUAUGGCUGGUACUAAGUUAGGGGCUGUUCUGAGCAUUAUUUGUGGCUAUAGAGUGGUGUUUUGUUUGAGCGCAUGGCUCUUUAUGUUGCAAUCAUGCAGUCGUUACUGAACUUGGUAUAACUAGAGAAGCAAGCAGUUGGCAACAUUUAUUCUCGAUGGGGUGUCAAACUUGGUGUUAUGGUGUGUUUGACCCUAACUGAAUUUUACACCAGAAUAUCCCUUUUUAAAGGAAAUGUUCCUCUGUGUCAAUUUUGGCCUCUAUGGAUGAGGAAAACAAAAAAAAAUCACAUUUUAUUGAGUUUUGACAGUCAAAUGUAUUAUGCGAAUAUUUAAAAAGGGAAUUGUAUGAACAUGGCUGCUUCUUAAGCUGACACAUGCCCCUUUGCACAGGUUUCAGGCUGUAAAUAUACUGAUACACAGACUGUCAGUGUCAUUUGCUUUUGGAUAUCAUGAAAAGACAUCAAUGUGAAUUUUUGGCUCUUUCAUAAGCUUAAAAAAACCUCCUCACAAAAGCUUUAAAUAGCGUAAAAUUGCAUUUGAGAGAUAAUUUGGGGUUAUUUCUGUGACUGAAUUGGAUCGUGACUCAUGUAAACCUGUCAAGUCUGGCGAAACAAGAAUGUCAACCGGUGCCAAAUUAAAAAUAAACAAAACAACAUAAUCACAAGGGAUGUCAGCAGAUCAGCCCUUCUGGCUUUGUGCUGACACAGAGGUUGACUUUCUGCCACCAUUGUGAAACCUACAGCUCUGCUCCCUUUGGCUUCAGUGUGUGUAAAUCACACAACCCUUAAAUAUUUACCACCUUUAGACAUUGUUGGGACACCUCGAUGUUUUUGAGCCGGCUUCUCUGAGAAGUGUCAGCUGUGUGCAGGGAAAUAAAUUAUUUACACCCCCUCCCUCUACUUCAAAGCGCUGGCAAACCAUUCAACCCCAGAUUUUGGGUAAAGGAGGGGGUCGCUAGUCACUAAGCAACCUCUGUGUCACCUGCCCCAACAUGCUGAAAUCAGCCACUUACCUCUGGAGGCUGCAUUUGCACGAGGUACACUGCUGCAUUUAAAAAACCCUUCUUCUCAGCUGAGUUCGUAUGGAAAACAAAACAAUUACUUAGAAACUGUAUAGCUGCUUGACUCCAGGAAAGAAAGCGUGAUGUGAUUAUAUUGCCUUUUCCCCAGAGUGGGAAAGAGGAAGAGUUUUGUUGCUUAGAAGAUGCUGAGUUUGACUAAAACGGCCAGCAGCAGGAUCCAACUGUGCAACAACUGAUGUUUUCCAGAAGAGGUCUGUUUCUAUUUGUACCGAGCUGGUUCUUUAAGACGCUAGAAAACAAAGGAGAAGGAGGAAGAGAGGACCUUAUACGAGUGCAUGUCAGGUGGAGAUACAAGGUGACCGUGCAGCCAGAAAAUCAGGAAGUUCGGCUUGAGCAACAUGUCCACCGUAUGAACCCUGCCCCGAGGGAUUCUGCUGUUUAUUCACCCCCUGCCAGCACAAACACACAAAUACUCACACUUCUACACACAAGGUUAACACACAAAACAUGCACAAAAAACACUCCAGACUCUCUUGUUGAAGCAGACAAGUUCAAACGUGCCCUCUGUGCUCAGCAUUCACACACUCACAGAGUGAAACAUGCCCCGUGUUGUCAAUAAAUAAGUCAUCCACUCAUCUGGGAAAGUCAAGGUUUUUUUUCUCUCGCUUUGUUUCUCACUUUCGUUGUGUGUUUGACUCGAUGCUUUACAGUCAUUCCCACAGGGGAGUUCCUCUUUUACAUCUUCAAAUUAGCUCUGAAAUGACAGUUAAUACCCAGUGUAGUCAUCAAAUUUCAGAAUUACAAAUCUUCUGUUCGUUUUAAUCAAGUGAUAGUUCCUGGAUUAUCUUUUCUUUAUGAGUUUUUCUAUUUAAAUGGCACCAUCAGUUUCAAACACAAUGACUACAAAUGAGACGCACCUCUUUUACCUUUUCAAGGCUACACACCGAUGUUUCAGCAUCACUAUUAGUCUGUUUAAUCAGGUUGUGUGCUGUUGCAUCCAUGUGAAGACCUGGCCAUGCAUGACAGCAGCAAUGACCACCUAUCAAUUUUGGGCACUAGGGCCUGAGAUUACCAUGAGCUCUGGCUUGGCACCAGCUGGACCAACGCCUGGAAAGAAACCAACUGGACAAUACUGACUGCACUGACACAUACUGUACAAUGUGCACAGAAAAUAUGCAGAAAAAGGAAGGGAUCCAAUCUGGAUGGCAUUUAUCAUACCUCACGCUCUGUUUCUUGGAUAGUUUCAAGUGGAAUUUCAAAUUGUUGUGGGAAAAUCCAGAUGAAAAUAAAAAACCCAGAGGUAGAGCAAAAUUUCCCUGGGGCUAAUUUACACUUGUGGACUUGACAAAUCCUUACAUUCGCCUCACCCUCUCUUUCACUUUGCAUCUCAAUCUGAACGUGGCAUUUAACUCCCUGACUUAAACUGAGAAAACAGCCACAAGAAGACACAGAGUCGUAUUGAGCAGUUUCUGUGGGUGGGCUGAAAACCGAGAAAGUAAGAAAAACAGAAGUAACUGUAAACCGUCUCAGUGUCCCGCCCUGCUUGGCUUACGUCUAGACCGGCCUCUGUUGGGCGGUCAGCAGUCAUAACAAGGGAUUGGGAGAGCAAACACGGCUGUAUGGCUGAGUAACCUUUCCUAUAUAGCACUAGAGUCACAAUAGAGCUAUAAAACUGUUGCAGCUGAUUGGGUCUAAACAAGGAACUCACAGUGCAGCUUGCAAUUAUGAGACAUACAGGGAAAGAGAGCUCUGACUGCGAGCCAACAUGCCCCAUGUGCCACACACCAGACCAUCGAACCAGAUUGGCACUGGGUGAGGGACCUGCAACCGUUAUUAAGCUCUGUCUGUGCCAAGGCUGUUGGCCUACUUAUGAGCCAUUCUCCUGAUACUGUCAAGCCAAGAUAUCCGCUCACAGACCCUUCAGCUAGUUUAUGUUAUCUUCAAAAUGUCUCAUUGCUUAGAGCAAGAUAUCUAUUUCUGCUUCGACCAUCUACCGGUCUGAACACCCUGGUCUGAAUCACAAUCAACAGAAAAUAGAAGUUUCUUUGAGAGAACUUAACUCUUAAAUUGAGCAAUCGGCAAACACUUUCUGUUAAACAACAAUAAUCUCAUUUCCUCUUUGCUGGUCAUGUUGCCAUUUAAAGAUGCCGUUUGUUGGCAAUGUGGGAAGCUAAUUAUGGCGACGCCAUUUCUGACAUGACCUAAAUCAAACAUUUUACAGCCCAGAAGCAUGAAACAACCCGAGGAAGAAUGCCUGUUACUCCUAAGACUGUGAGAAUGGAGCAGGGUUGUUUUUAAUUUGCUUGAACAGAGUUGCUCCCAGCAUGCACUGGGAGAGCUGGGAAAAAGCAGCACUGUCUUUGAGUCAGGGCUUACAAGCUUUAAGUCUGUUAAACCCCCAUCAAGGUAAGCAUUCUUUGGUCACUUCCACCUCCCCCAACCUCACACACUCACUCUCUCUCGUAUACCUUUUAACACACUGAAGGAAACAACUGUUUUGGAAGCUUAAUGGCCAAUUAUUGGAUUGCUGCUCAUGUAUGUUUACCAUUUUUUUAAGAAAAUGAACAUCAUAACCUCUUUAAAAUGUCAAUGCAUGGAAAACACAGUUGAAUCCCAUUAGUCAGCUAUUACCUGUGUUGUCAUAUUAGAUACACACUGGCAUAAUACAGCUGUUCUUUUGCCAGAACAUUUAAUUAUCACUAUGCGUCAGUCACAAUCCUAUCACUGAUUCUCUGGCUUUUAGCUGAGAAAAUGUCAAACCAUGUAAGAGAUAGGACACUGGAACCUUCACGUCUUAGAGGAGAAUAUGUAUCUAUUUCCAACUGCAUAAAUAUUGCAUCUGUUUAAAUAUUCUCAUCCCUGACUUGAGAGAAACCGAGGUUUCCCUUCACCCGCAGGUUAACUUAAGCACUUAGCUAGCUCUCCACUGCCCCGGGCGAAGAACUGUGCAAUGAAUGGAAAAGCAGGCCACAUUUCUAUCCAGGCCAUCUUUAUUGAUCCUCAACAACCCCUUUCACAAAGACCAUCCCCCCAUCUUGACCACAAAAAAAAGAGGGGACAAUAUAAACAACCAAUAAAUAAGAAUCUGCGCGAUUAAGGCGGUUCUACAUCUCCAAUAGAACACAACAGUGUGGACAUGUUGGAGUUUACAGCUUCAUACAGUACAAGCAGUAGGUUUUUGAGAAUAUCACAUCUAAAAAGGCAGCACUUUACAAAAAAAGUGAACCAUUUUUUUUUUCAGAUCGGGGUGAGCCUCCCAUUCAGAGGAGAUGACAUUGUACUUCUGUCGUGGCUGACUUCGGCUCUUUGCAAAUAACCUUGCUUCUGAGCUUAUUCUUACUGCCAGACCAGGUAGAAUGGGAGCAACAAUAAUUCAUGGGAUGAGAAAUUACACUGAAUUUUCUCCCUGAUUCUUCUCAUUAAAACCACCCGGUUCUCAAUCAGAGAGUGAAGUUGGUCUUUAUAUCAAUUUUUCAGGUAGGAAUAAAUAAAUACACCUUUUUUACUGGUAAACUGUCAUGGAGUCCAUUCUUUGAAGCUACACAGAGUCGUAGCAUUGAUCAGAGUGGCUUUUUUAAGAAUUUCAGCAUUUCAUUAUUACAUUCAUGUCCAGGCAAUGAGCGAGGUGGAGCUAGGCCCUGUAAAGCCAGCCUUCCUCUGGCCACAUGUGAGACGCUGUGUGUUCCCUGUGGAUAUCCAGAGUUCUUUCCGUGCACCCUGCACCACCACUUCAGUUAAACAUGGAGGUGCCUGCUGAAGAAAAGUGAACAGAUGAGCGCUUCUCCUCCAUCCUGGACUCUUCUCAUUCCUCUGCUUCCAACUGUGCUCCUCUGCAGAAAAGUUCCUCUCAGCAGCUCACGGUGCUCGGCUGCUGUUUGCUGACAAAGUCUGAGAUGAAGUCAAACUCAUUCUGACCCAGGAAGAGUUCUGGCAGUUCUUGGACCCGGUCCAAUCCCAGCUCCAUGACCAGCGAGGUCAGAACAUCCUCGUCAAUCAUAUCUGCAUCCAUGCCAUUCAAAGACAGAGUUGGUCCAGCCAUGUGCUGCAUGUUAGCCAGCUGUGCUGGGUUCAUGCGGUACUGGGCGGUGGGCCCCAUGUGGUUCCCACCCAUAGGCCCCAGAGGGUGUCCAUGAUACUGUGUGUUGAGUUUUUGCAGCUGCAUGCUGGCCAUGAGCUGCUGGGAAGUUAAGCCUCCAUUCAUGAACUGUUGUUGCUGCUGUGGGUGCUGGGCUUGCUGCUGGUGCUGUUGUGGGUGCAUAUGAUGCUGCUGCUGUGGGUGAUGCUGCUGCUGCUGCUGUGGUUGGCCAUUGUACAUCAUGUUACCAGAGGUCAUCUGGUGGUGGCCCAUCUGGGCCCCGUUCAGCUGUCCGUUCAUAGGUCCACCCACCAUGCCCUGUCGCUGUCUCAUGGCGUUCUCCAUGUUGGCUUGGGCGCCGCCGUAGUGCAUCAUCUGUCCGUUGGGCAUCGUCCGCAUGCCCUGCUGGUUGGCAUGCUGCUGGUGACCUGCCUGCAGGCCGCCAUUCAUGCCCAUCCUGUAACCGUGGAGACUGGCACCCGCUGAGCUGUGAUUCAUGGGCAUCAUCAGAUGGUCUGCCAUGCCUCCUGUCUGUGAGCAGAGAGGAGACACUGUUAGGACAAUGCAAGGGUGACAAGAUGCUUGGAAGCAGGAUAAACAUACAUUGGAAGGUGCAGCAGGGCUAACAAGGCUGGGCCGUUUUGGCUGUCCAGUACAAGAUCAAACCAGUUAGUGUUGCCAUAUGUAUUAUUAUAUAAUGUAAUACUAAAAAACUGUAGGUAAAUUCCUAUUAUGGUCACUAUAUUUAUUCGAAGAGAAACAAAGGCAGCCCUCCAUGUAAUGUCACUGUUGCACCUCAAGUGAAACGACCGAAAACGCUUCCGGAAAAAAAUAUCUGCAAGGUUGUCCCCUGACUGACUACCACAGAAACCCGUCCUCGUGUGUUUAGUCUUCCCAAAAACCUCCCCUCUUUGUGCCAAUGAAUGAACGCCCAGGUUGGAAGCCCAGGUUAACAUGGAUCGUCCCCGUGCAUUUUCAGCCUGGAUAAUUCAUGCAACGAAGCGAUCGACAAAAGAAGAGAGAAAAAAAUCCGUGCCUUGCGGAAAGCAUCCCUUAAAUGCUGUAAAUGUUGCAUGUCAGCCAAGGCAGAAUAAUCUGUAACAUUUCACGCACGUAAGGUUGCAACAAAGAACACUGACAUCAUGCAACAUCUCCCCAACAGCUGAAUCACCACAUUUCCUACAAGGCAGCAAAUUCAACAAAGGCUUCGAUUUUCUCCCCUUUCUCUGAGUUCAUUUGUUCAAGUGCUUGUAUUUAAUCAUUCCCUUAAGUGUGUCUUAAAUUGUUUCAUUUGUCUAAUCUCGGGGUUUUUGGAACAAGGGAAUGCAAACAAUGGAGCAGCAGCAGCAGCAGCAGCAGUCCCUCCGACCACCACAGACCAAAACCCCAAUUUCUCCUCCAAAUAAUCCCGAUAAAAAUCACUUACCCGUAUCCGCUACGUUUCUACAAAGUUGCGCGACUUUGCUUCGGCUCCGUCUUUUUUUUUUUACCAGUUUCCCCCCUCUCUGCAAAAGGCAAAUCUCCUCUGAAUUACAGUUUGUAUUCCACUGGGUUACGCUUCAUGCUCAAGCGGGGACGGUGUGCACAAAGACUGCCGCAUCAGAUCUUGAAACGACUGCCUAUUUUCUGGGUCAACUCAGGGAUUAUGUACAUCUAAAAAGCUCAGAGGAAGGCAGUCGGGGAGAGGUGGAGCUUCGGUCCUGCCUCUUCUUUGUUCCUAUUGGCCCUACUUAAUAUAAUUGUGCAUGGGCGUAGAAAAAAGGGCUGUUGGAGAGCUGUGACACAGUAGCCAAUUUAAAUAUCCUCCUCCCCACUGUUUCUUUUUGAAAGAAUAUCUUGUUUAUCUUUGCUUGAAACUUCUGUGAAUAAGGCUGUACUUAGAAAUUAAAGGGCUGCAAAUUUUUAUUCAUUUCAAAUAAAAAGAGAGAUAGAUAGAUAGAUAGAUAGAUAGAUAGAUAGAUGUUUCAUUGAUUAUUUUUUCUAAACAUGCAUGUAAAUAUCUGCAAAUUAGGGCUAAAGUUUAUGUCCUGAACUUGUCUGCACCUACUUAUCAAUUCAGCCUUUGUGUCCAUAUCUUCUGAACGCUUGUAUUGACAGGAUAUGGGUUUCAAAAAUAAAUAUUGACGUCUGAAAUAAUCGCAUGAAAAAAUGCUUAAAGGUCCUUUUUUUUUUCCUGUGCGAUUAUUUCGGACGUCAAUAUUUUUUGUCAAACCCAUAUCCCGUCAGUACAAGCAUUUACAUUAGCGACGUUUUCCCAUCCUGUGAUAUUGCGGCAUUUAUUUUUUUCUAAAGUUUCACAUACUGUGUGUUCACUUCUGACCAAUCAGAUUGCAUGUUGUUGCGACGUCAGAUUUACCGCUAUAUCCAACAUGGCCGACCGGCUAAUUGUUUACUUGUCGGAGAACAGAGUACUUUUUUAAUAAAAAACACAAUUAUUACAAAGAUAACCACCUGAAGGACAACUUGUGAAGAGUCAUAGCGUCGGAUUGCUCAUAUGACGAUGGUUUGUGUGCUUUAACAGUUUGCUAAACGUCUUUGUUUUAACUUUCAGCUGUGCUAAGUAACUUUAGCUCGUAAGCUAACCUGUUCAGAUACAACAUACCAUAUGUAUUUUCACUGUCUCAAACUCAACCGCGUUGCUGUCACAGCACCAUUAGGUCUCGGUUGUUACCUUACGUUUACAGAUUAUAGUUUAAUGUGCUUAUCUGGUACUGGCCCCGACUCAGUACAUGCAGACAGACAUCUCAACACUAGAGUCUAAUCUGAACUGAAAAACAGUCAGUCUGGCGUUGUGUUUUCUGUUUUUAGUAACUGUGGCAUAUAGUAGCGCUCAUUAUUUUUAAAAUGAGUACUAAUUCGCCAUCUCUUGAAGUUGAAGUAGACUGUAUUUUUGUCUUCUCGCUUCCACCCAGGAUGCGUCCUGGAUGGAUAGGAUGGAUAAUCUGUAAAUAUCUACAAAUUAAAGGGGCUGAAGUUUACAUCCUCAACCUAUCUGCACCUACUUAUCCAUUCGGCCUUUGUGUUCAUACAGUGUAAGUGUUGCCCCGGUAUGUGCAUACACACCUCAUCUCCAAGAUCACUGAGAUCACUGUGUGUCCAUGUGACCCACCACUCUGCUGUGUGUUGGCCUCAGCGAGGCAGAGGAGGGAGGGCAGAGGAAUGUAGUCUGCGUGCUAUUCUAGGCCACACUGGCUGCAGCACCAGUGUAACUACUGCUGUACACGGAUAUGUGUGUUCCCUCAGUUUACGUGUAUGGACUCUGGAUGCAGGCACGUGUGUUUGUUUUCUGUGUCUCUGUGUCUCUCUGUGUGUGUGUUUGUACCUCCACUCUGCAGAUGCACAUGCCCCUUGAUUGCCCACUUCAGGACAACGACCUCUUGCCUGCAAUUGCAAAUGAAUAGAAAGCACUUUGGUAGAGCGAGCCAAUCUAUUGUCCCGGGAAUUUGUCUAUAAAUGGGCAACCACUGGCUGGCAUUUGUCAUUGUUUGACAUUGUCCGGCCACUUUAAGCCGGUGUUAAUAAGCCACUCCCAGGUGUUGGUGCUAUGUGAAAAAACUCACCCAGCCAGUCACUCCAAACACAACACACAAUCAACAUAAGUUUCUGUUGUGCUGAGAAGUGCACUCUCACUGCAAAGCACACUGUUAGUGCAAGGUUACACUGCUCUGUCUCAAUGUGACAAAAAGGCCUUUUAAAAUGCAUCAAAAAAUCAUUUCUCUUUAUCCCAGGGCCACAACAAGCUUGUAGAAAUUAUGUCAUUUGCAUUAGCGAGCUUUCAAUGUGUUCAAACCCUCUGGAGCUCACCAAUCACUUCCCUGCCUCUCUUUAAAUUCAAAGAUAUUUGCAUGUUAUUCGAAUCCGCUGUGGUUGAUGUGGAAGAUUUGCAUUUUAUAAUUACGUAUGCUUUAAAACAAGCAUGUGUUGUUGCAAUUAGGAGGAGGACAUGGUGCUGUCUUGUCCCUUUCAAGGCUUUAUUCUUCUGCGUGUUGUGACAGUUUUACAGCGCUGCCCACAUUCUCCGACUGUGGUCCACGGUUUUGGGUCAGGCUGCCACACAUCAAUGCCUUUAGCUAUUCAUUGAUUUUGGGCUACUGUGAGAUUGUGCAUGUGUGUCUUUUAUUUGAGGAUAAAGAGCAAUGGAGAAAAUUCACAUGACUGUGUUUAUAGCAGCAAUCUGCUGGAGGUGGUGCCUCCUUCCCCAGCUUGAACACACCCCUCUGCUUCACUGUAAAACAUGCAAUAAAAGCGCUGAUUCAGCUACAAGCAUAACUCAUACAAGUGUACUCAGCCGAUCAGUUUAAGGUCUUUCAAUAGGAAGCCUCAGCAUUUCUCUGUGACACCACUCAUGACAACACAUUGCUGAAAUUGCUUUGUCAGAGGACCGUGUGCAACUACGUAUGGAUCCAAUCAGCUCGCAGUGUUUCGGCUUCAGCUGCUCGCAGCCUCGACUUUGUAGUGUUUGAAGAUGACUGUGAAGACCACAGAACACGUAGCUACUGGUUUGAAACCCUCAAUUUUAGAAUUCAAGGGCGCAAACGCAGUUUGUUAAGUUGUAAAGGGCUGAUGUUCAUUGCUUCUCGCUAAGCCUGAGAAUAAACAUGGAGACAGGCGGCCAUUAGAGUGUGGGGGAGUGGAAAGUGGAUAUUCUGAAUCGAGGAGCUGACAAACUUCUACUUUGGCUCUGCAGAUUGAAAGAGGAGUAACUUGAUACUUGAUAUUUAAGUCUGCAGCCAACAUAUAGUCUUGGUUUAACAUUUCUGCAAAAUCAACUGCUUUCAAUGUCCUUUUUUUGAAAGAUACUACACAUCUUUGUGGUAAGACUCAGGGUCAUUGUCAUGCAGAUUGAGGAAAAGGACUUCAAAAGUAGUGGUCACUGUAAUUUUGCAAUACUUAGAAAUUACGUCUGAAAAUGUCACUGUAUAUCUUACUAUGGGAAACGAGACUUUUAGUUAUGAAUCAAAUUGAAGUAGUCUCUCAUAUCUUUUCUGAGGCCUCGCCAGACUCAUUCAGAAAAGUGCUUCAGACUUUAGGGUAUCUGUUAAUGUGUAACUAUCCAGGAUCAUAUCAACAGGUACCAAACAAAAGACCUAUAGGCGCUACAUCCAGUUACGCCCCUGAUGCAUGUAAGCAUAGAUGUUUGGUAUACCAAUUCGAUAGCUGACCCAUUCCAAGACACGAUUAAGGUUUCAGGAUGUCAGACAUUGGCCAGUUGACCUCUUUGGUUGUUAAUGAAAUUACCUUGGCAACAAUACAUUUAAUUACAUAAAUGGGAUAUGCUUACCAUAAAGAAAAGGACUCUGAUGUCUGCCAUCUCCUCAAAUCCAAAGAUGAUGUACCAACAAGUUACAGAUAAAGAUUUUGUAAUGAGUGGUGAUCUUGUGCUGCUCCAAAUCUGGUAUUAGCCUUGUACUGGGCAGACUGAAACUGGAACUUAAAAAGGCAUGUUAGCAUAAUAAUCCAACUGAAAUCACAGUAAAUCUAAUUUCUGAUAGAUGAUCUAACAUCCGUCACCACCAACCUUUUUGUAAAUUGGGACAAGGACAGUAGUUCAGGUAAAUAAUAUAAUCAAGAUAUAUAGCUAGACCUAGCUCUGAAUGUAAAUGUGCUGACUAAUUUGGGGUUUUGGGCAAUGUUUAAGCCAUUGGAAAACCAGAUUUGCUUUAUACAAAACUAAAGAUCUAUGAUCGAAUUAAACAUGUCUGAUUUUAAAGUAACACUAUGAUAUGAAAACAAGGUUAUAUCAGCCUUGUUUGAGUUUUCAGACCACUAAAAUAUACCUCAUACCAAAUGAUCAUGUUCACUGAAACUUCAUCAAAAUUGUUGAGAUUCUUUAAUGACUUUGGCCAGAAUUAAUGCCCAGCCACAACGAGCCAACGUAAGACGUAAACCUGCACAUUUGAUGGUAAGGUUGAACACAUCAUCAACAUAAACUUCAGCGUUCCUAAUUCUUGCAACGGUCUCUUUCUAAUCCUGAUAAUGAUAGUACUACAAGGUUUAAACUCAGGCCGACUUCUGAACUUUAGUGUCUGCACAUUAACCCCACUUUCUAUUUUCUGCAGGCUGAGAUGGACUGUUACCCUCGACUCUCUGAGCCUCAGUAAUCAUGUACCGGUGAGCACUGAACUCAUCACCCAAGCCAUCUUUAAUCUCUGUCACCAUCAACUAAUUGUCAGCGAUCUAAUACGGGUUCAAUCCUACCUGCUUGACUAAUCCUGGCACGACUGUCUCUGCCAGCAGUGGCUGCCAGGGUUGGUGAUACAUGAAGCCUCAUGGCGUAUACAGACGUGUGGUUUGACAGACAGAGCCAUGAGACUGAGCCCACAGGAAAUGUGCUACAUCCUUAAAAUGAAUUGAUUUCAAUUAUAUUAUUGAAUUGGAGGUAUUAACUUUCUUUAUAUACUUUGUGUAAGCUCCUUUAGGGUUAAAAGGAUUCUUAUUGCAGGCGCUGGUGAAUUUGUUUGAGGACACUGUACGCAUCUACUCCGGCAGACAACAGAAAUAGAUACUUUAAACCACUUAGUGCCACAGCUUCUAGCUGUAGUGAUCUACGCUGAUAAGCCUUUUUAGUUGUAGCCCUCCACACUUACAUAUUCACCUUGACAUGUGGAGUGUAAAUGGGUGGAAAACUUCUCUAAAAACCCCCAAAGUCUGCACCUUACAACAACUCAGAUUUAAGUUUCGGUCUCUUCAGAUAACCUGUCCCAGUAUCAUUUUUUCAAAGCAUCAAUGGAUGGACAAAGUAUGGCCUAGUAUUCACAUGUUCCCCUGAGACGUAAAACCAAAAGUCAGUUUGCUUCUCACACUUUGGUUGUGGGGGAUGGGCUGUUAUUGUUCUGGUAAAUGAGAGAGUCUCUAUAAAUACUCUGAAGGCUUCCCUCUCUGUCUCAACCACCAAUCAUCAGUCACCGUUCAGCCGAGCAGCUGAGAGAGAGCAAUAAGCCUGAGUCAAGGCUAACGGGGGAGGGAGCAGCAAGGGGAGGGUCUGACUCAGGCAUGCCGCUGGGAGAGAGGUGGGUGAGGGACUUUGGAAGGGAGGGUGGGGGAGAAACCUGGUAACUGCCACUCACAAACCUGAGGCCGCAAGUUGGGGGUGAGACUUGAGUGAAAGUAGCGAUUUGCAGGGGUGGGGGGUGGUUCGAACAUACCACAUUAAAGCAGCUUUCCAACAACUUCUGGUAUCGUUCAGUGUGGAGUUAAAUGAACAGUUUCUCACUAAAACAAACUUUGGUUUCUAAGUGUUUGAAGGCGAUACCCUUGACUGCCUUGUUUAAAAACACUUAUGCCCUUCUGCUCCUUAAGAACCCAGAUUUAACUGUAAUCAGAACCACAAAAGUCAAGGAGCAGUGUGUAGUAUCUAGCUAGUGUUGGUUUCAAGUUGAGCCAACAUGUCCAACAGGGCUCCUGCCAUAGUAGGGCUGGGGGUGUAUCCAUGUGUUUUUAACAGCCUAUGGUGUAAACAUUAAGUUGAUAAUCAAGAAAUUGUACUUCUAUGCUAGGGUGACCAUACGUCCUCUUUUGUCCGGGCAUGUCCCCUUUUUUGGGGGCUGUCCGGCCUUGUCCGGGGAAGUUUAUAAAAUCCUUCAAAUGUCCGCGGUUUUGAACGGGAGUUUCGAGUUUGUGUCACGUGGACUUACUGUAUUAAAAGAAAGUAAAAGACACUCGCUCCGACCCAAAAAACUCUCAAAAUGAACUUCGUGCAACUAUGUGACUCCGCCCCCAUGUAGUCGUGUCCUCUUUUUGGGAAGUCAGAAUAUGGUCACCCUUGCCUAUGCAGCGAACAGAGUCACAACAUUGUAAGGAGUUUUGCAUCUUUUACGCUCUAUACUUCUUUGCUCUGUAUAAACAGUUAAAGGGCAUAUUGUUUUAUACUUUUAGCGCACAUGUUACAUAAGAGUCUUCCUCCUCCUGCAUGUGCAGACAAGCCACACCAAUUUCCCCCUUCAACCAUGUAAGCAAUACCCAUAUCUUGUUUUUAACUAUCAAAUUGAAGCCAAUCUUGACUAUUUUCUUUAAUCAGUAAUCAUCUAAUCUGAUCAUUUUUGUUGGCUUUCAAUAAGGACAAUUUGUGCAAAUGCGCUAGUAAAUUGGUACAACCAAGCAUUGUGGGUUUGCCUACCUGCACUUCAUUAGAAAGUGAUAGAAAGGGCACUCAUGCAAUAAAGUUUUGGUCAUAACUGAAGUUCCUCAUGAAUAAAACCAACCAGAACACAGAAACAACUGCUUUACUGCGGCAUACAUUAGGGACAUUUAGGGACACAUGGUUUCAAAGGCUAGAAGCGUAAAUACAAAGCAGUCUGUUACAUUAGCAUUAGCAACCUUGGGGGUAAAAUGUCAGAAGUGUGAAUAAGCGAUUUAGUUCAGUUAAUAUUGUGGUGCAGUGUGUUGAAAAACAAGCACUUAAAAGGUGGUAAAUAAUGCAAAAAGCCCAGUUAAUGUCCAGUGGCUGUGUUUUUGGUCUAGCAGCCACGUGCCACCCUUGUGAAUCUCACACCACCUUGUGAGAGUUGCAUUCACAGAAGCACUGCCUUGAGUUCGUGCAGUAUUUCAUCUACACCAGUUUCAUAGGUCUCAUACUGCUGACUUUCACACUCCUCAGCUUACUCAUCACAGCAUGAAGUCAAGCUUGAUUUAUGAUGUUGAAACAGACAAUCUAACAGUCGUACCAGCUUUAUUCACAGUUUUCCAGGUGAGAGUGGUGUAGUAAGCUACAGCAUUGAACUGCUAUGUAAAGGCAAACUAGCUCCUUAGUAUUCUCUGUACAACCAAGCACAGCGCAAUGAGUUCCUCUGAGGAAACGCUGUCCCAAAAUGUGCUGUGCUAUCCUCAUUUCACUCACUAAUCCUCUAUUCUCCAUCCCCUCCCCUCUCUGUCACAUCAGGCUUUUCAGCCCUCAAACUCAAUGUGAGGCAAUCUACGUAGAAAAGGAGCAGUUUUUUUGCCAGACACUCUGAGAGGACUAGUUGCAUUUCUUUAAAAAUACAUACUGAGGCUGUGACCGAAGCAAUACACUUCAUUUGGAGUCUCAAACUUUAUUCUAUAUUUAAUUCUGUGUUGUGCUGUUGUCUUAUCAGAUGCAGAGCUGACCGUCCUGACUUGAGUAGAGAUGCUUCUAAGCAACUGUGAGUCAGGUGUUAUAAUGUGUUAUGUGUAUUGUUAAAAAUCCUUGUUAUAAUGAGUGUUUAUAAUGAUAAUUAUACAAGUUUAUAAGCCAAUUAUAACACAUUAUAAAUAUAUGUAUAAUGCAUUAUCUAUGUGGGCAUUGUCAGUGUGUAGCUAACAGUUAUAACACAUUAUAACAUCUGACCUUGUAAGUCAUGAUAAAAUGCUUUAUAAUGUGUUAUGAUUAUUGCUAUAAAGCAUUAUGAUAAUUUAUGAGUGUUUAUAACCAUAGUUUUACAGUGCUAUAACAAGAUUAUAACACAUUAUACACACAUUUAUAAUGCGUUACAGAGAGAGGUGUCAAGUAAAGUGUUACCAAAAAGCAUAUCUGUUUACAACUUAUUUGACAGUAAGCACCAUUUAAAACCUGAAUGUGUAUGAACUUUAAACAACUAUUUGAAACAGUCUGAAUUUUGAUCAUUUACUGUGAGUAUUUAUGUAGAAAUUAUGAAUACAAGGCUGUUUAGCUGGCUCCUACCUCCUUGCACCAGUUUAAGGCAUUGAAUUUUAAAUUAUAAAGAUCGCAAAUAAUGUUGUCGAUGGUCUUGUUUGCCUUUGAAUAUCACAAAAAGGUGUAAAUAACAAUGUCAUUUAAUCCUCACAGGAGAUUUAAGUACAGAGUAAAGAUUAAGGCCCGAGCAUCACAUGGAUAUAUGCCUAUCAUGGCAAAUGGACAACAUAUAUAACCAAUGAUUGGCGUACACAACUGAGGUAAUAAUACCAGUGUUUCAGGCAAAUUCUGAGCACAGAGAACCACAUUUUUAGAAAUCUCCACUUUGGGCCGCAUCUUUGAAAAGCUAACUCUUGGUGACCAAAAACUCAAUUUGCAUGUGUGCAAAAAGGCAAACUGCACAGAAAAAGCUUUGUUUUUUUUAAAAGAUAACUCUCUAUGAAUGGAUGUUGCUAAGAUUACUUCUUGAAAAUGACAUCAGGAUAAAGAUCCUCACUGUAAUGAAAGGCCAAACAAAACUCUAAAUUGUUAGUGUAGAUGUCGUCAGAAGCCUGGAGCUGUCGAAGGAAAAGAGUUGUCACAAUGUCCUCGAGAAUUCAAAGUUCAUGUAAGCUGAGAAAGUCGAGGCCGUGAAGGGAUGUUUGAGGCACAAGAUAACCACUGAAACAACUUCCUAGCUGCAGCUGAGAAUUCCCAGCAUGCUUAUCCUGAUAGCAAAGAUGUGAUAAGUGGUAUUUGUGCCUGCAGGUGUUCACACUCCAGCGAUGACUUAAUGCAAGCUAAACAAAUACGACCAGAGUCCUAGCAGGUUUCAUGUAUCCAAUCUUGGCUCAUUACCAAGCUACGUCAGUCAUUUACAGUCAGCACCACGAGCCUGCUGCCUGCAUUUCUAAGCAACACCAUUCUUCAGCAUUUACUAGCCUGAGGGAUCAUUGUCGACACAAACACUAAUCAUGUCCCCUUCACCGCACUUCCUGCCUUACAGCCACUGGUGACGUUUCUACUUACCUUCAGGAGCGUGCACAUACAAAGAAGGAACAAGUAGGGAUGCACGAACUGGACAGACGACAAAGGCCAGUAAAACCUGUCAAACAAGUCGCUACUGUGAUGAGAGGGAGUGGGAAAGAGUGGGAGAACACAGUGACGCUGUGAAGACUGACCUAUUAAUCAUUCAUUAUCUCCCAGCACUGUUAAUGAGGUGACGACUCUUAAAUAAUUAGCAAUGUGACUGAAGCAUAUUUCCAUAGCAGUAGCCUGAGGACGUGGAGGGCAUUGGGGACGAGUGGGGAAGGGAAUAUGGGAUGCAUGGUGCACAAAAAGAACAGCCCCCACACCAGCUUAGCAAACAAUAACUAUCCUGAUAGUGGGCUCUGGGAGGACAGAGAGAUACAGACAGACAGAAGAGACCAGGGAUAAUGAAGCAAUAUUGAGCCAAGAAUGAGCCAUAGAGGAAAUAACACUCUGAAAUAGUUAUGUCUAUAUGUAGUGGGUGUUAAAGAUGUUCUCACAGCAGCCUUCUUUAUCCAUGUGUCUCAUUUGGAGAGGGGCAGGCCAGGACCUUCAGGCUCUCCUAACACACAAGUCAACGGGGAACUGCAGCCAACUAGCACCCCAGCCUGCCAUGGGCCUAUUCAUCUUUCACAAAACACACAAAAGAGCAGACCAUGAGCCACAUUCUUGACAUCCAACCUCAUCACCCCCACUACCCUCCCACACCCCCCUGGCCCUGACUCACACCCCUCCCCCCUGAGCCUCACACCAGCAGCCGAGGCAGACAGGAGCUGCUAUGCUGCACUACCUAACUGGCUGGAUGGCUGGAGUUGUUUGGUGGAGGAAGGGAUGCAUGGAGAGGGGGGGAGGAUUGAAGGGUGAGGGAGAGAGAGGGGGCAGGGAUGUUUUCUCUUCAGUCAGCUAAUUGACUCACAGAUGUCAGGAGGAGUCGGGUUUGUGGCGGGGGCUAAAUUGCCCAGGGACACUUUUCCCCUCCACAAACAAACAUAACACAUAAGCACACAUGCAUGCAGGCCGAGACUAUGGACUUGCUCGCACACUUGCAUGCACCUUCAUACCUGUGGCCUUGGAACCAUUUCACUUGCAUACACUUCUGUAAGUUACCUCAGAUGUUUCUCUUGUUUGCAAGAGAAAAAAAUCUGCUAAGCUUUUGGGAACCAAAGUCUGGCUUGAUAUAAAUUAUUCGCACAUUCAUGUUGACUAACUCUCCCUAUCGUGGACACCUUUGGUUUUUGUUUAGGCCAGACCUAGGCAUUUACGGCCCGAGGGCCACAUCCGGCCCUUUAGAUGUCCCUGCGUCGUCUUCGUGAGGUCCGUCAAACAAAUUAUCAACAUGCUUUACAAGUGUGUUGCUUUAUUUUGAAAACCUAGCCGUUGUUUUCUUUCCAUUUGGACGCGAGUGCGUUCAUCAUAGAUCUGCAUUCGUGAACAGAAACAAGUUUAAACAUCGGCAAAAUAUAUGUAGAUGCCUGAUAGUUGCCAAGUCUGCUUAUUAUAAACCACUGUAGGCUUGUUUCUCUCAGAAGUCGCUUGUAAAAGUCGCGGGUGUGCUUUUUUGGGCUUGUUCUUAACAAGUAGUUACUUAUUUGGGCUUGCUUUUCUGUAUGUGUUAACCCCCCUGAUUUGAAGUUGAAAUUAUUGUUGGUUUGGCCCUCCAACACAGUUCAGGUUUCUCAUGUGGCCCCAUGUAAAAAAUUAAUUGCCCACCCCUGGUUUAGGCCAUUAAGUCUGUUAUAGAUAGGACAGCUGAGCAGAGACAGGAAGAACGGGGGAAAAGACAUGCGGCAAGGGGCCAAAGUGGGAAUCAAUUGUGGUAAAAGCCUCUGUACACAGGGAAUGUGCUUUAUUUUUCUUUUGAUUUGACCUUUGUUUAACUUGGAGAAAAGAGGCUCAUAUCUUUUUUCAAGAGUGUCCUGAUCAAGAUAGGCAGCAGCACAGAUCACAAUGUUUCAAACGGCUGAAGAGCAGACAUACAUGGGUGGGUUAGGUGGGUCUAGAGACGGUGUUGUCCUAAACAAAUUUCCUUCAGUUUCUGGUACACCACCCCAAUCACAGUCUUUCAUUCGAGUUACAACACAGGAGUGCCACUUCAGCAAAUUUGCAUAUAACCAAAUGGGUUUUCAACUGGAUUUACUCCAGUUGUAUGCCAGAGUCUGACCAGGAAGGUAAGACGGGAUGCUAAAUGAUGUCUAAGGGGGUCAAGACAUGCUGUUAAUAAAGGCGAUGAAAAUCUCAAGCUGUGUCCCAUUUUUGGGGCUGCAUCCUGUACGGGACACAUUUGAAAGCUGGUCACAUCAUAGCUGAGGGUCAAAAGCUCCCUGAUCAUAAACACCAGAUAGAUAGUCCUAAUUUUUUAGCAAAAAGACUCACUCACUGUAACCCAAACCCACCGACAGGUCUUUAACAAUGAAUCUUAAACCUCUGUUCACCUACUUAUGGGGUAUUAUCUUGACUUUUAGCAGCUGGUGUCACACAACACCUCAUCUUGACUUCUCAUUGAAAUAUAAGCGAAGGCUCAGUCUUGGUGUAGUUGGGAAAAAUGCACCCAAACCUGCUUUUUUGUGAAACUUCCAGGACUUGGAUGACAGCAUCUUUAUGUUUUUAGCCAUUGCAGGGCAACCACAGGUAACAUUAGCUGGGUGCAAGCUAAUUUCUAAGUUAAAUGUGAAUGAGAAAUGUUCAACUUGUAACUUAAGCUACAUUAAGUUGGUAAUAGCUAGUCAGUGCUUCGUGUUAAAUGAAGGUUUCUAUUUAUCCAAAAAAAAGUCUAAUGCUGUGAAUAUGACAGCUAGUUGCUCUGUCUGUAUCACAUCUCUACAAAAACACUUGGCUCUAACAGCCUUUUACAGACAGUAAGAAUCUGGAUUGUUCUGGGCACAAUUUCAUUUUUUCUCUUCACCAUCUGGAGAGCCUCUGUGGCUAAAGCAAGUCUCAUCUGCUGAUACAUUGGUUCUACAACACUCGAGGCAGCUCAAUAGAGCCGCACAACCUGUGUGAUUUGACCCAUUUUCAGACCAGGGUUUUUUAUGUCAUGCCAUGUUUGCACACUGCAAUUUCAUCCCCAACAUGUAUGCACUGAAAAAUUUAAACCUCUUCCUUUGAGCACCAAAACCACUGACAGCUGUGCGCGAGUGUGUGUGCGUGCAUCUGUCAUCGUGCUCUUGUGUUUGUGUGAUCCAACUAGACUGCUAAACAGCUGAGCCCAAAUUGAAAGUCAGCGCUGUCAUUCCCUAUAUUUACCAAAUGACUCACUCGCAGCAGAAAUCUGUUUGGACACACAGUUAGUAUUCAAGCAGUUGGUUACAACAUCUUUGACAGCAGCAAAAUAAUUAACUAAGACGGAGUGGGUGAAUGAGGAAAACAUUUAGAAUUACGGUGAUUAAAUGCUUAAAAAGCAGGACAGAACAGGCCUCCUUUAGUAUCUGAGGUGGGUGAAAAAGCACACCCAACUUCUAAAAGGCACAGUCUUUUUUGAGUGCAUUUACUAACAGUGGAGGGAUCUGUACAUUUUCAGAGAUAUUCAUCCUCCAAGGGGGCAUUUGAGAGAGCAAUCACGCUGUACUACCAAGAAAACACAAAUCAUGCAUUAUUGAGUUUGCCCAAAAGCUCUGUGCCGGGGUAAACUUCCCCCUGUGGCCUUUGUCCAUUGGUCUUCCCAUCAUGAGGUCUACUAAUGGCGCAGCUAUAUCCCGCUCCUGCGCGAGCGCUGACAGCUAGUCCUCCCCGUCAGGAAACAGCAAGUUCUCCUUCCUGACCGGGAAGCCUAUCUGUGUUACACCAUCACUACCAUUGCCGCUAAAUGUUGAGCAAUGUCCUGGUGAACACAUGUCUUAGGAGGUUUGCACAUAUGCUGUAUAUACACAUGCACAAGCUUCAGCUCAGAAACACAAACAUCAACACACACACACACACACGCACGCAUGCAAGCCAGGCCUCUGCCCACUAGAACUAGUCGGCCUGUCCUCUUCCUGUUUUUCCACUCACCCACACUGUUGUCACUCUGGCCAGGAAGCUGUGGGAGAGAUACGCAUGACAAAGUCUCUCUUUAUUAAAUUGGCAGAGUGUCUGUAGUGCUUUUGGAGUCCUUGUUUGUGUGUCUCUGUAUGUGUGUGUGUGUUAGUGUAUCUGUUUGAGAGUAAAAGAGAGAAAGAGAGCAAGCACUACAAAGAUGGGGGUGGGGACCUAAGCCAAGGGCUAGAGGCUUAUCCAAGAUCCACUCUAGGCUCAUCCUUGGAUAUUGCUGUUUGAAACCAUGAAUAGAGAACAGAAGAGACAGAAUAAAGAGUACAGACCUCUUUUAUAAACCCGUCUCUGUUUCCAUUCACUGCAACAAGUGUUAUGUACAUAUUCCAUGCUGAUUUAACAGCAACAGCAGAACAGCACGUUCAGGCCUUUUCAUUAUGAAUUCCACCCAGUGAAUAAAGUGUCAAGGUGCAGUUAUAAAUCACCUUCUUUUAUAGACACAACAGCCACUGGCAGUCAAAGGAAGAGAGCAACACGGCUAUUUAUGAUAGUAUACAGGAAUCUAGAUGAAAAAGAUGUCAACAAGGGGGAUCUUGAAUUUUUAUGGUUGUCUAAUUUCUUAAAAGUGCUAAUUGUUUUGGUAUUUGCGUUCUUACAUGAAGCCUCUCCAAGUUAAAAUCAAAAAGGAUUUUAACAUUAUGUGGUUACAACAGUUUAAGUGGAUGUACACAUCAACAAUACCUCAAAAGUUGGGAUAUCCUCAAGGGAAAGCCUUCUGUGGGGAUUUUGUAAGUUGCCAGAUGCUGGUUUGGUCUUUGUCUUUGCUGGUCUGGCAUUGUUCCAGUCAGUAAAUGCUAGUCUAUGCAGGUCUCUGCUGGUCUGAUGUUGUUCAAGACUGUGCUAGCCUGAUGCAAGUCUUGCUGGUUUCAUGCCGGUUAUGUUGGUCUGACUUGUUGCUGGUUUUAGCUUGUCUUUGCUGAUCUCUGCUGGUUUUUACUUGCCUGAUGCGAGUCUUUGCUGGUCUGAUGCUGGUCAGUGCUGGUCUGAUACUCAUUAAAUUGUUCUGAUGAUGGUCUUGUCGGUUGAUCUUGUUUAAGCUGGUGCUGGUCUUGGUUGGCUUGUGUUGGCCUGAUGCAAGUUUAAAGGUCCUUACGCACCGGGCAAUAGGCGAAGCGAUGUGAAUAAGCGACACGAAAAGGCAAAUGUUUUGGCGGCAACAUUUUUCUGUAGACACCAGGCGCAACAGGAUUAUGAGAAUAAAAUCCUUAGUGAAUAAAGUUUGACGCUUCUAUAAUAUAUGUCUAUAAAACCACAUACAAACACUAACUGGACUUUGAAAAAGUUGCCCCAAACUGGUUAGUUAGCUAGCAUAGCUUUCUAUUAUGCUAGCUACGUUACACAUCUAUGUUUGAGGAUUUGUAUAACAUUAAUAUACUCACCAGGUAAAUUGAGGUCUUCUUCUCUUUCUGUUUGGAUGUGAUGUCAUCAACGUACCAACAUCAUUUUGAUUGGUCAGAGGUCUGGCUGUUCGCCUUUUCGCCUCCGCAAAAUUCGACACAAGAGCAACUAAAUAACAGUCGCUUUUUCACUUAGGGUCGCAUUGACUUCAAAAGGUUUUUUUAAAAAAGCGAAUUAUUCACCUCGUGAAUUCACUCCCAGUAUGUAUGGACCUUUACAGUGCAAAGUAUUUAGCCCACAGUGGUCUGAGAUAUUAAAACUGACGAGGUUUAUGUUGUUAAAGAUUAACUUCACAUUUGCCCUGUGCAAAUAAGAAUAAGUGAUAAAAAGCCCCACAUACAGGGAUUUGAAUAACCAGAUUUUUCAGUGUGCACCUGAACGCCACUUUAAAUAGGAUAAAAACUGAGAUAAGGUCCAUAACCGGGACGCCCAAGAUCAUGUAAAUUCAGUCAAUUUUGUCUUGAUUAACUUUGUCAAGAUCCAUCAAACCCUCCCCGGUGAGUCAAAGGCACAGACGCUUAUAGACAGGAUUUGCCCGUUAUUUGCAGGUGGAUAUAACAAAGCUCCUUGAUUAAACUGUUUGAGACUCUUUAGAAUAAAAACGAGUCUCCAAAGGCACAGGCGGCCUUCUAGUUUUGUGAAUCCUUGCCUGCCAAAAAAAAGCAUGUACCCAGCUCUAAUAUGAGCAAUACUCCACCAGGUAAUAAAGUUCUUACCUCUUCAAAGUCAAAGCCAGAGAGACUGAAGUUUCUCUGCUCAGAUUUGGCCACAAAGCUAAGAAUGACUUACUCAGUGAAUAACUUCAAAUAUGCACACAGAGCAGAAAUAGCUAACUCUGUAACCGUGUGGACUUUGAAGUCAUGCCAAACAAAGUAAUAGAUACAGACUCUGUUUAAAAAGUGUCUCAAAUGUACAUUCUUCUUGAUGAUCUGUAGGGGGCAGCACUAUUGGUCUCAAAAACAAAUCGCAGAAACCACGUCAUACCCAAUUUUGUUAUUUCCACCAACAUUUUCAUAAUGAAUUUAUGAUCUCAGAGGCUAAGUGCAUACAUUUAGUAACUGUGGUUCAGUAAAGAGAAAUAAAACAUAAAUGAAGGUAUAAUGUGGGGCAGCGCUAACAAGGCGACCUCCUAGAGACAGAGUAAUACAUAUCCCAAUCCCUCUCAAAUAUUAUUUCUUUUGGCUCGUAGAAAUCAGCCUUAAAUUUCUUUUAUAAAGGUUAAAGGUUAGAGUCAACAUGACAGAGUAUUUUAUACAAUCUGUGUUCGUAGUUUAUUUCCCAUGGUGAAGGAUUUGCAUGUGUUAUUCUCUGGGGAACUGAAACCGUAACUGUUUCUCCCCUUAGUGCGGCUUAUUUUACAUUAUGUAUAAAUCUGUUGUGUCUAUUAUUUACUUUAACCAUUACGUGAGUUAUUUUCAUAACCAUCUCCUGCUGUUUGCGAAUGACUAAUGCCAGACUCAUACAAUAAGAAAACGUCACAGUCAUAUUUCCCACUCUGCAGGCAGCGGCAAGCAGCUGUGUACAGUCUCCACAUACAUGUGCGGGAGAUAACGACAGGGAGGACAGAGGACAAGAUAAGACGUUGUGCUUCGCGGUCAGGGAGUACGCCCUCCUCUCCCCUCCUCCUUUCUCCCUCUUCUCCUGUGUCCCUCUUAUCUGCUGCCUCUGUCUUGACCUCCACCCUGCUGCAUGGUGUUUAGUCAGGGGAGAAAACAGCAUGGGACUGGAAAGAGUAUGACUGAAUCCUGCUGAAAACAUUCAGAAGAGCAGUACUCUGACUGAGGAAUAAAGUUCACAAUGCUUUCACGUUGCAGAAAAAUCUAUCAAACUGUUGCAUAACACAGCUGCCAGCAGUGCAUUGGAUGGGAGAGUUAGCAGUUUGAACAGCGCGUCCUGCUUAUGGAAGAUGUUUGCCUGAAGUUUAGCGUUAUUUCUCUCAUACGCUCUAAAGCCUAUGCAUGAUCUCUUACAUAAGUCAAUAUCUCAUGGCUGUACUCAGCUUGUAUUAUGUUUUCUUUACUCCCCUCCGUUGUGCAAUGCCUUUUCAUUCUAAAUCGUAUAAAUCUAUACCCGAGGCUGUAAUCACUUGAUUAUAGGCACAAGAUAUAGCCACUACUUAAAUCUGGGAAUGCAUGCAGCAGCAGCAGCAGCAGCAGCAGCAGCAGCAGCACAGAGAUGUAGACAGAAGGAUGGCUACAGUGGAAAAAACCCCACAGUUUCUGACUCAAAGUGUGUCCCUUAAGGAUCAUUCACUGAUCUGAUAAACUCACAGUGAAAUGUUAUGGGGCUGUUUUUGACAAAAAUGGAGUGUCAGUGGGCAAACAGUGUCUUGGAUAUGGCAUAUUUUGACUAAAAUGAACUGAUUUGAGUAAAACAAUCACCCCAGUAAGUAUUAGUCUCACAUUGUCAAACAGCAGCGCUCACACUGUAUUAAAGUUGAUGUUGCAACUGCAAAUAUUACCACAGUCUAUGUGCCAACACAUGCUGAGAACCAACUUCCAAAGCGGAGCUGAGAUUCUUGAGAAAUAACCAGCGUAUAGUUCAAUUCACUUGAAGUGAUGUUGAAAUGUGACCGGCUGGUCUGAAUUACAGGGCCACAUAAAAUUCUGCAGAGUGUGAAUGAGCUACAUGUAGAUAAAGUUACUAAAAGCAUUGAAAGAGUGUUGAAAUUUUCUCUAAUUUGAUGGAAACACAAACAAAAGAGAACAUUUGUCAUCAUUUGGAUCACUUCUUAGAUUUAAAAAAAAAAGAAUUAUUGAUGUGAGCAUGUCCACUACAUGUCCGACACGCUCCCUUUCAGCUUAUUGUUAUCAGGUCAUCUCCCGGUCAACCUAUUAUAUAUCAAAACAAAUAACUCAGACCAUUGUCAGAACAAUGACAUGUAAGCUGAAGCUCUGUACUGUUCAAGUCUAUGAUAGGAAAGGUUCGUCUUUUACGUCCCUUCCUCGCCUGUUAAUGUUUCGCUAGCUACCCUCUUUCCAAUGUAUUCAAACAAUUCAGGUUAACAGUAUUGUGGUCAAACACUCAAGCAUGGGGAGAACACUGAGACCAGUUUCAGUUCGAUUGAUACGAAAGAGGAUGAAAAAAAAUCAUUGCAGUAGGGAGAUAUUUUUUCAUUUCCAUUUUGAGAUUGAAGUCGAAAUUUUAAGAUUAACAUCAGAAUUUCAAAAAGUUGAAAUUUCAGUUUUAUUCAUGUCAACUUUAAUCUCGAAUAUUCUGACUUAAAUCUCAAAAUUGUUAUUGUCUUAAUCUCGAAAUUUUGACGUAAUUCACAAGAAUUCAACAUUAUUCAUGACAUCUUGACAAUUUGUAAAUCUCAAAAUUUCGACGGUAAUCUUGAAAUUACAAAUUUAAUCUCUUUUGUGUAUUUUUUUUUUCCCUUCAUGUGGCCCUAAUCUUCUUUCGUAGAUCGAGGAACAUAUGUGGAAAAAAAAAAACAUCCCCAAUGUUAUCUAGGCAUGUAAAUCCGACUUUGAGAAGCUCGAUUUAGUGUGAUUUCAGUUAGUUAUAUGUUUACAUCUUUUUUUAAAAAUCAAGUUACAAUCAGACCAAGACAAUAAACAGAUUUUUUUUUUUAACAUCAUGUAAACACACAGACUGUUUUCUUCAGCUUGCAGAACACCAAUUUACUUUUAGGUCUUCAAGCUUUCAGAGAGACAUAAAUAUAACCAAACUGGAUAAGAUAAACUGUUCAGUUGUUUGUUGUGGACACCAGAGGACAUGUUUAUGAGUUAAGAGAGGAAGACAGAGAUUCAAUAAACCAAAAGAGAGAGAAGAGAAACAUCUGUACCAACUGGAGAGCAGUAACAUAGGACCUCUUUGAAUCUGGGGAUGUCCGCGAUAACCCCGCUGCUGCACUUAACGUCACUUUUUACUCUACUUCUUCAAUUGUCACUUUAAAUAAAUUAAAUCAAAAUAGCUGCAGGAGAGAAAAACUCAGCAGAAACUCAAUAGCUAUUACUGAUGCUGGCUAAUGGUCCACAUGUGUUGAUUAAAAUGACUUCAAACGAAGGUGCAAAAACACCACGGGCGGAUAUUUCACCUAUAGUUUGAGAGAAAUAAGAGGAAUCAAAGAUGUACCAUCUCAAAUAUGGCAACAGCCAGUAACUGGCAGCUGACGGCUCUCCACUUUACAAAUUAAGGAUUUUACUUUUUGUUCCAACUGGCUGAGAGAAAAAAUUGAGCAGAAGAUAAAUUGACUUCACACUUCCAGUUGCAUUUAGAGAGGUGUGAAGUUUAUUCAAAAAAUGUUGACAGGGGGUCAGUUUGCCAAUUUUCUGCCAAGGGGAAGAACACAAGUUGAAGUCAUUUCCAGGCAUCUUUAGUAACUGCGCUUUGCUUUGACGGAAAAAAAAAGAAAGAAAAAAAACUGUGAUCACCGUGUUGUGAUGUCCCAUUUUGCCACAAGGAACUAAAACACCUACACAAACCAAAUAACACCGUUGAUGUGUUAGAGCGAUUUGAAAACGAGAAAAAAAACUUGAGUUUGGAGCUGUGAAAACCACUGCUACGAUACUGCUGCUCCUCUUUACUGUUUCAUAAACAUGGUGGCAUGCAAAAAUCACUACACUUAAAUGAUAAGAGGCGUGAAAUUAGAAAUAAUAUCUGGAAUCCAGGGUGGAUAAAGACAUCUUUAUUUGACAAAGACAGCAAAUCAAACACAAGUCUGUAGCUCAUUUUUAUCCAUUUCCAAACGGACAAUGACGCCUUUAUCGCUUAAAUCGCAUGAGGUGCCACAAGUUGCUUCUAUUCUGUGGGGAUUUCCUAGCAAUGUGAUUCCAGCAUACACAUUCUCCUCAUCCAGACAUGGAUAUCUUUGCUCUUCUAAUUCAGCUUUGAUUUACUUAAAUUCUGCUUUAGCCAGACUGACAAACACGAUUUCCCUGCCUUCAGUUUUCAAGGCAUUAGCACAUGACUCUUGACUUGUGACGCACAUGAGUCAUGAACCGAGCCGUAGCUCAGAAUAAGUCAUAGUUGUCAAGAUUAAUGAGUUUCUCUUAAAUCAUUUCCUUGUUCAGACCUCAAGCUUUCUGUGACUGAUAAAGUGACAGUUUUUACACUCGGUCGAGAAAGGCAGGAAGGCAGCAUCUGACAGAAAACAGAAUGAAACUGCAAAACCUUUUCCCCUUAUCGACUCUGCAGUGACGAACACAAAGUUCUUAUACAUUAAGCUGUUUCAUUGUUAGACAGUUUUAUCUCCAAAACAGGCAGAUUAUACAGUUUAAAUAAGAGGUUUUUGAGACAGCGGAGGAGCCACAGUUCAGUACAGCUUUCUUGGAACGACUGAGUUCAUUAAAGGAGAAGAAAUGUCUGUACUGCACAACAGAGGAGCCUCUGUCUGUCUCUGUCUGACUCACUUCUUUGUUCCCUAACAUAAUACAAGCAUACCUGGAGCCAUCAAGGCUUCUCAAAAAUCCCCACAGCAUGUAUGGGAAGCUGUGGAAAUCAAUAAGCCUCAAGUGCUAAAUUGUUUGCCAGCCAUCGAUCGAGCUGAAUCUACAUCCCUGUAAUUCAAUCCGCCAAAUGACAACCAAUUAUUGUUUCCCUGCCUCCAACCCCAGAGUUCGAGUCCCUUUGCUUUGAUUUGAUCCCGAAGAGACAAAUCUAUAAAUUGAUGCCUCACUUGUUUUCCUAAGCUGACCUUCUCAGGUGUGAGGCUGAGUGAUAAACGCUGUGUGUGAAUGUGAAUGAGCGAAAUGUCGGCAAGACACAUUAGUACACGUGAGCCACCAUUGCUGGACAUCCCUUUCUUGUUACUGGUUGGCGACAGCUGCAGACUUACAACAGUCAAUUUGAAUCAUUGUGCCGGACCACUGAAUCCGCUUCAUUCUGCCUGGCAUGACAUGACCUUUAGAUACUGUUAAUGCAUUUAAACAUGAUAAAACCACUGGUCCAUGGCUGCUAAAAUGGAGUUAGUAACUGAGCCCCAGAUUUGAGAGAGCUGUAGUUCAGCUGGACCAGAGGAGAUUAAUUGAAGGAAUGGCUUAGACCAGUAUUACUGAAAUUUAUGUCUCAAACACUGCACACAAUAAAGUAAAAGCUGAAGAGAUAAACUCUAGACCCAGAGCUUCACGAGGCGAUAUGAACACAUGAGGUCACAUCAGAAUAUAUCAGAAAGAGUAUGGGGGGUAAAUCUGAACUGUGAAGAUGUAAUGUCAGGAGAAUAAUUGCUAUUUCCUUUUUUCCACAUGUGGUUGCAGUCUGCAUUACUCACCAUCCAGUGUACCAAGAUAAUCCGACCGCCUCACACACUUUCCUGCACAGCUCCAUUUUUAUUCCUUCCUCGAUAUUAAAAAAAGUUGUAUCCUUUAGCUCAGGUAGCUUAUCCACCAUAUUCCAGAUGAAUUACCCUCUUCCUGUCUGUUGUUGAUAUACAUCAUCAGGGAUCUCCAUGCUGAUUGGCUAUCACGGCACAAAUGAUUCGCUCAAAUUCAGAUUUUUAACUCUUGCAACUGAGCGAAUGAAGUGAAUAAGGUGUUGAAUUUGCUUAGGUUCCCCCACUUAUUCAUGGUAACUGUGUCACCUAACUAGAACUUACGUCUCAUUGCAUCUUUGCAUCAACUGUAAUUUACAUUUGGUGUGAACACAACUGAACAGUUCUCCGGCCAGUUCCUCAACAUAGAGACUGAGUUGACCGAUAUCCUCUGAGGGUGAUACACUUACUAUUGACAAGCACCUCCUACAAGCCUUUAAAAAUAACAAUAAAGAGUCAAUCAUUGUCAAGUCCCACUCCGGUCAUUUUUCCUUUACUACUUAAAGUGAUCUUUAAAUUGUGUUGAUGAAGUUUUUAGCUAAAAUCAACACAAGGGCUUUUCUUCUGCAGAGCUCAAGUAGCUCAUUAGCAAUUCGCCUCGGAGUCGUGGGCGGAGACAUUCUGUUCUGCACACUCCUCUUCAUGCUAGCCUGCAGGCUAACAUUGUCGGUGUAGUACAAGUGGCAGGUAACAUAAGAGCGUUUCAUAUGAGCGUUACAAUCCACUAAUGCACGUGUUUGUUCCGCAAUCGUCCUCUCUACUUCUCUGAGUGUGGCCUGCAUAGCUGGACUCUGGGGGCGGAGCUUGGAAUUGUGACAUAGGAAAUCUCAGUCAGUGGGUUUACAUGCACAGCUUAAUCGAACUAAACUCAUAAUUCGUUUUUUUUUCAUCGAAUCGGACUUCUCUCCUUGUCCAUGUAUACAUGCAGCUGAGAAAAUCAAAUUAUUGACGUGAAUGUGUCCUCCUCCUCAAAACUAGAAGGCUAUAUGGGUCUUUUCAGCUGCGCUAUUUCCGACCCCAUACAAUCAUCAACAAUAACGGCAAGUCCAUGCCAGAUGUCAGAGGUGGCUACAACUGCUGCUGGGCAUAUUUGAGCAAGAAGAUGGAGCCUCGUACAGCGCUGUUUUUGUCGUACAUGAUGUACGCACUACUUUUCUGCAGAUGAGAUGCACGCUACGCCUCUUCUCUGGGGUUCUUGGUCUAGGGUUACGGGGGCAUGACGCACAUGCAUUGUCCGAUCAUACUUCGACUACGCUGGUUACAUGGUAGAGAAAAUCAAAUUCCAGUUACAUUAUCUGGGUGUCUUAAUCUGAGUUCUCAGACUCCGAUUGGAGUCAGACUAAGGUGUUUACAUGCACUUCAGUUGUCCGGUCUUAACUGGAGUAAGGUAAUAAUUCAGUUUUCUCGAGUGUCAUGUAAACAUACUGACUGUGUCUGAGCCUGCCGUUUUGGUCUGUCAGAGAUUCACAGCGAUUUUAAUGCAGAAAUACUCAGAAAUGCAAUUUUGCACUUAGUUUUCUCAUGAUAUGUCCUGUAGCAUCAUAAAAAUGCCUUGUAAACAUACAACAAGAAAAACAUGAUUUUCAUCAGAGUGGGUCUUUAAACUUUUCAUAAGAGCUUUAACUCAAAGGCAAAAUAAGGUUGGUCUCAAGAGCUAAACAUUGACUCAGUUAUUUAUUCACUUCGUUGAUUUCAAAACAGAAGUGACUGGCAUACCCACUCCCUGCAACAUGCUGUACAGUACAUUGAAACCACUCCCACCCAUUACACAUCUGUAACAGUGUGAUGCAACUAUUUAACAUGGGAGGAAACAAAUGAAGCCAGUGAAUAAUCUGAGUGAGUGUCUUCAUACUCGUCAAGUAUUACAGUAGAGGGUGCAAUCCUUUCAGCAAACAUGUUUAUGAGUUCAAGUUAAGAAAAGUGGCCCCCUCGUGAUUGGUGGGUGGUCAUUACUUUAUCCAUACGAUGGGGCUGAAGGUGAGGAACUGAUAGGUUCGCUGACACUCUGCAGCCGAGUGAGACCUCGUCACCCAAGUCUCUCCAAACUUCAAGGGCUUCAAGUGGGAAUGCUCGUAAAUAAUGUUCGUGCAGCAUGCUUGUGUUUUUGGGGGGAGGGUCAGGAGGCUGGAGGCAUUGAUCAGGGCUUGCGUGCAUAUAGUGAGACUUUGCAUUAUAUACGCCCUCAUGUGUGUGUGUGUGUGAUUGUGCACACAUGGUAUAUUGUAUUACACGCCAUGGCAUGCAAUCUUCUUCUUCUCCUUUUCUCCUAUCCAGUGAGACCCCCACUCUGUUUCUGCACCAGGCUUAUCUUGGCCAGCCGUUCAUUCUUGCAAGAAGCAGCGUUCAGCAGAAAGAGACAUCUGCUCAGUGAGAGAAUGCCCUAAUUAUUCAUGACCAUUUAACCAUUCAGGAUUUGGUCUGCGCGGCAUAUGUGGUGUUUCUCAUAAGUGCGCGUCCGCCACACUUGUUAAUGGCAGUUUCAUUACUGUUGUUUUGUUUGGUUAUUUUGUACCUCCAAAUUAAAGCGAACACAAAAUGGAAUAAUUCCUCUCUGGCGUUCACGUGUUACUGGAAAAUAUCUGCUCUUUUAAAGGUAGAAAGUGUAACUCCUGAGCGAGGACGGCGUUCAUACUCUUCCCAUGUCUUUGUCGGUUGUUUUUCUUGUAAUUUUCUGUUGUUUGGAUGUCUAUUGUCAAACCUGUGUGACAUCAUACAGAUACAUCUAUUGUUAGUCCUUGUUUUUUCUCAGGUGUGUUCAGGGAAGUGCACACUAGGGGGGAUUUCAGACUUGCACAGACACAACAAAUGCCCAAACUGCUCACCAAAUUUAUGUUUUUUCUUUCCCUUUUCAUCCGACUUGACUUUUCAUGCCCUCUUUCUCCUGUUCUUCCACACACACACACACACACCCCUCUUUCUGUUUGUCCUUAUCACCACAAAACCCUGUCACCACGGUAGCUGUGGCCACGUAAAUCAGGCAGGCCAGCAUCAUCUGUUCCCAGCUGUUUACCUCCAGCCAAACAAAGGAGUCUGCCUUUUUGUUGUCGCUGGGGUGGAGUGCUGCGUCGGCUGAGGGCUGUUAUUCAACAGCGCACGCCGCUAUCAGGCCCCCCCUCUCUGAAAAGGCCAAUUCAACACAUGGAAUCAAUGGAAUAGGAAAGGAGACCAGGAGGGAGGAUGUCAAUGUGGGGGUUGUUGUUGGACACUUAGAAACUAUAAGCAAUCCUUUUUUCCCAAAGGAGGUGAGACAGACGGGAGACAAAGGAGGCACAUCACAAGCAAACGUGAAAAGCAAAUAAAUAGUAGUGCAUCCCCUCACUCCUCAGCUCAGGUGUAUGCAGGAGCUGUACUCCAGGGAGGAGGGGGCUCAGUUUGCAUCUCCAGAGGAGGCUUAGCAAGCGUCGGUAGGAGCUGCGAGGUCUCGUUUGCAUCUGCAAAUGAGACAGAACCCGGCUGGCCCAUGUCACCUUGGCAACAGGCCAUCAGCACCUCCCUCUCUGCUAUAUUAGCAGCCAUGGUUGUCUGUCUGCUUGUCAGUCUGCACCCUGCCUCUCUCCACCCCUCUGCUGCGGGUCUCAUCAGCACAACAGCAGCAGGAGCAGCAGCAUCAGUCUACCUGACUAGACCCGAAGGAUUAAGCAUCUCCCUAAAUCUUUCAUUGAGAGUGUCAAAUAGAGACAAAAACAGCAUUAUAAAAGAUGAAUGCCUCCGGCUUUUGUGGGUGUCCCAGUGAAUCCACUCAAAGCGAAGAAUUGGCAGCAGCAACAUGCUGUGGUCAUGAAAUUUACAUGGCGUGUCUUUGCCAAGUGAUGAGAGACUGGCAGCCGGGGUUUUUUUAGUUGUUCUUUUGCAUAAUGUGUGCCGUUUUAUCAAUUAAGAGGCAGCCAACAAGUUGCUUGCAGAUACCCAGCGAGUCUGUGAAACAGUGAGACUGAUGGAGGAAACAUCAAGCUCUAAUCUCUUCUAUUAUCUUUCCUGUUGAUCUUCAGAAGUGUUUGGUACACUGCUCAAAGUAAGCGGCUGUUUCGGUGUCAUGUGUCAGACAGCUCUGUGACAAAAUGUUACACAUCAUGGUCUGCUCUUCCUCUUUGAGGCUCUAUUUUUAAAACAAAAGAAUGUCAAACGCUAUCUGUGGCAAAGUCCACUGUGGAUUUGGAGAUUUGAUGUCCUUCACUUUAUCCAAUUCAGUCUAUUUCUUCCACUUUAAACCAGCAAAACGCAACAAAUGUUCUACAACCCACUUCCCUCUUUCUUUCUUUCUUUCUUUCUUUCUUUCUUUCUUUCUUUCUUUCUUUCUUUCUUUCCUCUCUCAUUUUCUGUCUGCCUUCAUUCUAAGCAUGUGUCUCCCCUCCCCCCUUUAUGGCAUGCUUCCUGUUUACUCUUAAUACAACUGGAGGCGAGGGGGGACAAGGAUAUUUAGUUCAGGGUUGGCUCCUUCAGAUUCCUCUCAGCAUAUAGCAUAAGAAGUGCAAAGAGUCCUGCCAGGUCACCCAUUCAUUUAUUCCGUUUCAAUUUUAUCGGACUGCUGUGAUUCUUUUUAAUUUGAUGAAUCCCACAUUUUCAACUCUUGGAUUUCAGGAUAUGUCAAGGUUUGAGUCGAGCUGGUUUUGUUUAUGACAGUGUGAAGAAAGUUUGACACAUGGCUUUCUAUACAAAUGAUGCAAAAAUUAUUUGCACUGUAUAGUUGAGCAGCCAUGCACUUCAUGCGACAAUUAAUUACACUCAACUUUGCAUGAAAGUAGGUUUGUACUUGUCUUUUACAUGCAAAGUGACUCUGCCUCUAUGGAAACAUGGUCAAAUAUAUCAUAUAUUAAUACCCCAAUUGUUCAAAAAUGCACCCAACAUGUUCAGUACAAGUUUGAGUGUGUGUGUGGCAAGAACACAUGCAGAUUAAUCAUGUAAAUACAGUAUAUACAAUAGCUCAUUUAAUUUAAGAGUUUCCUGUCAGGGACAAAUAACGGAUGUUUUAUUUUAUUAAUUUUAUUUAGCCUUUAUUUAACCAGGUUAGUCUCAUUGAGAUUACAAAUCUCUUUUAUAAGGGAAACCUUGUUAAGAGGGCAGCGGCAUAGUUCCUACAACAGAUGAAAUUCACAACAUCUUAACAUUAAAACAGUCUCACAUAAAACAUUUACACAGAGAUGAGAUAGAUUAUAAUGAUGUGAUGUAUCGUCACACUACACAUGUGCUACGACUAAUUUGUGUGUCCCUUAUAACCUCAUGGGUAAACUUCUGUUUUGAAAGCUCUACAGUUUUCCACUUAUAUCACAUUUGAGGUUAUGACACUUGACUGUUAAUUUACCCUGAGUGUAAUACAUAGAUGUUAAUGUGACCUCUUUGGAUAUUCAUGUAAAAACAGAGUCAUACACCUCCUGACCUUAAGCUCAUGAGAGCGGUGUGCUGCUGUUGGCCUUGGCGACCAGUGUAACGCUAACCCCAGUGUUGUGGCCACUGGGUGUGUAACUUAAUCACGUCCGGUGUGAUUGGCAACACUGAUGAAUGUCCACUUUGUUUGCACAGCACAUUCAACCCCCCUUCAGGUUGGAUGCAACCGGGAUGAAAUCUAAUUAAACAAGGACACCAGUGCCCUCGGCCCCCAGUGCUCUCCCAUUAGCGCGAAGAGAAUCCCAGUCCCACUGUGUACUGUAGCACAGAUGAUUUUUUUUCCUCUCUUUUCCAUCUCAGACACAAGGAUCAUUCCUCCCACACGUGUGACCCAUUUUUCAGACAUCCUGUAGGCAAUGAGCCACACCUCCGGCUGCCUUGUCUGAUUUUUCAUCACAGGUCACAGCACUUUCUUAUGGCCUCUGUGGGUUGAAGCCAUUCCAGUGCUCAUUGACUCUUUGUCAUUGUGGUAAGAUCGUCUUUAGUCGGGAGGGUAAAUUGGAAAUGGAUCAAUGUAGAGUGGAGUACUGACAGAGGUAAAGAGGGUCCUUGUGUCCUUUUCCUGUCCAAUAUAAUGUCCUUUUCUUAUGGAGGGCCUGUCCUUGUAGGAGGUGAUCCAUCGACAUUACAUGACGUGUUUUCUUGACCGAAUACAGUACGCUUUCACAAUGAAACCCUCACAUCAAUGCUAUUCAACAAAAGUAGGCAUAUUACUGUUCUCAAUAAAAAGACGUCCUUCAGCCUCUGAGUCUAAGAUGAAUACAUGUAAAAAUACAAUAAAUCUAUAAUAGCAUGAAAAGACUAAUUUCAAAAACUAAUGACGGUAAAUUUUCACAGAUGACCUAAUUUUUGAUACACAUCAGUUAGAGUUACAGAAAGCCUGGAUGCUUUCACACGUCUUAUUUGGAGAAGUUAGCCCGAGUUGUUCAAUAUAUGCAAACACAGCAGUCGCCUCACUGAUACCAAACAUAACAAUCAAGCUAAGAUCGUCCUGUACCUGCUCAUUUCCAAUCAAACCGUAAACUUGACCAUUCAAUGAGAACAAAAUCAACCCAGAAACAAGAGCGAAUAGCCUCUUGACUUUUCACUAUAGGUUAGUGGAAAUAGAUGCAGUAAUAAGGCAACUUUGAAUACAGGAAAACCCAAUAACAUUAUGAUUUAGAAUUAGCAGAGGAGCUGGUGUGAAGCAUGGCAACAUCACACAACUCAACAACAAUUGAUUUACUUCUGGGACUUUUGUCCAGCUAGUUGACUCAGGGGAAUUUCUCCUUAUCAUCAUUAAAACCUCCACUUCAAUCAUGCUGGCUUUUCACCUUUUACAAGCUGUUGGAGUUUCUUGGUCUUUGAGCAACAGUGUUCAGCAGAGAGGUGAAACCCCCCUCUGUUGUGCGCCUACUCACAAGUGAGUAAACUUCUGUAUUUUUGUGAGCACUGUCCAAAAUUCAACAAAUGUGCUUAUCUGCCCAAAUGUCAACAAGAUACUUGACCUCCUCGCUGCUCCAAGUCUACCCAUGAUUCAGGUUGACGUUUAACAUAAGCUGGUCUCUCGGCAACUCCAAUUAUAAAAAGUGGUACCUCAAACAGUAGCUAAUGAGAGAUCAAAAAUGUUGUUUACCUUGAUAUAUGGCUAAUGUUUAAACAUAUAUUUAACUUCCCAUCGACUUUGGAUGAAACAGUAGUGACUGAAUCAAAGUUAUGAGAGUAUGGUGUCAGAGAAAAAUAUGCUAAUAUGUAGGGUAACAUACGUCUUCUUUUACCCAGACAUGUCCUCUUUUUGGGGGCUGCCCGGACUUGUCCAGCUUUGUCUGGGGAAGUUUUUUAAAUCCUUCAAAUGUCAAGGGUGUUGUAUGGAAGUUUUAAAUUUGUGUCGUGGACUUACUGAGUUAGAAAUGCGUAAAAAAAACAUUUGAUCCAACCUGAAAAACUCUCAAAAUUAAGUAUGCGCAACUCUGUGACUCCGACCUUUUUUGGGGUUCAGAAAUAUGGUCACCCUACUAAUAUUUGACUAUUCAAACAUGAUAACGACACAGCUGACUAUCUGGCUAACAUCUUCCUACUCAAUCUUUGUAGAGAAAGUCCACUCUCUGACUUUCAGGGCUUGUAACUUACCCACGCAAUAACAAAAACUUACAUCUAAGGACAGACAUUAGGUGCCAUCAGCGAGGGAGCAGAACUUAUUCCAGUUUCAUUCAGCCAAUACUUAUGUAUAUUUGAAGCAUAAUAAAGACAAAUUUGUGGGGUUUUACUGUCACUUUAGGGCUCUACUGAUCUUACAGCAGUAAUAGAGGCAUCUCUAUGGGUGAAAUGGAGCUGGACAAGUAACCCUGAGCAGAGAGUCACUCAGCAACUUGAACUAAGCGGCAGCAAUGAUAGGCAAUAAUACUGUGAGAUGUUAGUGUAGACCUGAAUUUAUGGAGGAAUGGCUUUGAAAACAGGUUAGCUGUCCUUUCCAGGAUCUUUGAUGUUCUGAUACAAGCCCAGACUGCCUAUUACAAAAAUUACUCCCUGUAAAAAAACCCAAAAUAAAUCGGCAAUGCUGAAAAAAAAAACUAAGACAUACUAAGUACUUCAUGACCACCGAAUUGGAUGAAGACAUCCUUAUUAUUUUCUGGCAAAUAAAGCUGAUAGUUAUAUAGUUGCAUCAACUGGGCUGGUACUCAUGGAUUUAAUACAUACAGUCAAUUUUCAUGGUGGGAGUAAAUGUUUGGUUUGCACAGAUUUGUUGGAGAGUGAGUGGAAUCAAAAUGUACAGUUUAUUCUUGUGUCCUGAUAUUACAUGGACUUGAUUUUCUUGACUUCCAGCUUUUCAGAGAAGUUAAAAGAGGUCUAGUCAUGCCAAAUAAAUAACAGUUAUGAAGUUUUAUCAAGCCGCGUUUUCACAGUUGACAACAAAACUCUUGGUUGUAAUCCUCAAAAGCAGAGAAAAAAAUACAUAAGUGUUGAUGCAAUGAAAAAAAAAAAAAAAGAUUGGGUUUGGCAUGAUAAUUAUGCUGGAAAAACUUGAAAAUGAAACUUUCUUUCUGGCAUGAUUUAUACUGCAAACUGUCCUUGGAAGACUGCAGUGAGCCUGGAUGACAAUAACAAAGUAAAGCUUGCUGAUAAGGAGCGGCAAAGAAGUGAAAGCCUGAAGGUCAGUCCUGGUUGUGCUGGGAGCUCCCAGAGCGCCGAGGAUUCUGCUGACAUCCGCCGUCUUUGUUCUGCGUAAUUGGCUAAAAGACUGAGCAACUAUAUUUACACAUCCCCCGAAGAACAUUAAUUACAGACAGAGAGAGAGAGAAAGAGGUAUCAUCACUUUGCUGGUAGCUGCACAUAUGAAUGUUUAUUAGGGCUGGAAGAUAAUACACUUGCUUUAGUAGAUCACGUAAAGGGGUCUGGUGGCUUAAAUAAGCUUAAUAAGCAUGAAUGUUCACUUAAUCAUACAGUGUACGGUGAUUCUGCCCUGAAUCAGUCUCCAUUUAAAAAUCACAGGCGGUGCUUUACAGUGUUAGACCUCAAAUGCCACCCAUGUUAGAUGACAGAAACGGUUUGCUCUUUCUCUUGAGCUGCAGGUGAAGAUUUCUCUCUAUUUUUCAGACUGCCUUUUGGGUCUCUUAAAAGCAAAUGCCAGUGCUACUUCAUUCAGCUGUGAUGAGAUGAGUAAUACAGCAGUAUGAAAGAGAGAUCAAUGACGAAAACUAAUCAUGCUUCUAUUCUGGCCCACAUUUCCUUUUGGCAGCAGUGUCUUAGAGGCUUUUGCCAGUUAAAAACCUGGUAUCUUCACUUCCUGUAAAAUGAAUUUCUCCCUCAGGACUUGCAUCUGCAAAUACUUUAGGGGGAAAAAAAUUAAACUGUCCUUGAUUAAAUUCUUUUUUAGUCAACAUAAUUUGGAAAAAGCCUUAAUGUGGAGCCAAGUAAUAAAACUUAAAUUUGAAUGGUCUCCAGAUUUAUUGACUUUGUGCCUCAGUUUAUAUUCCUGAGUUUAUCUCCUCUUCAAAGGCAGCAUCUGUUCAUAGCAAAUAAACCGUUGUUAGCAUGUUUUACGGUUAUGUUGAGGCACAUUAGGGACUCCUUUUAAAUAUUUUGCGUGGGUUUUCUUGAAAGUCAACAUGAAUAAACAAAUAUAGUGUGUCAAGAGGCCGAAAUUUAAAGGAGUCAGUCCCUUCAUCCUUGGACAUGCUUUGUAAGUGCUAGUUAACCGCUUUAAUUAAUCCUUUCGAUAAGCUAACAGUGGCUAAUAUUGUCCAGACUAAAAAUGAACAUGCUUAUUUAUUUAUUUAUAUGGUUAUUCAACAGGGAUAAUACAUGCAGGCAUUGUUACAUCUAAUUAAAGAACAACCUAUGACGUGUAUACAGGACUUCUAGCUAUGGCUAAUUUGCUGUCCUUUUCCCUGUUAGCAUUGUUAUUAAAAGAAUGUGUUUACUUACCAAACUGAGAGGUAGUUUUUGACUGAUUUUAAAAUAUUUAGUGUGGGUUUUUUAGAAGUCAACAUGAAUAAACAAAUAUAGUGUGUCAAGAGGCCGAAAUUUAAAGGGGUCAGUCCCAUCAGCCUUGAAAAUGUUUUGUAAGCGCUAGUUAGCUACUGUUAGCUUAUCGAAAGAAUGAAGUAAAAAGGUUGAUAUUGUCGCUACUAAAAAUGACCAUGCUUAUUUAUUUAUUCACCUAUUUAAUCGACAGGGAUAAUACAUGCAGGCAUUGUUACAUCGAAAUAAAGAGCAACUUAUGGCAUGUAUACAGGACUUCUAGCCAUGGCUAAUUUGCAGUCCUCGUCCCUGUUAGCAUUGUUAUUGGAAGCAUGUGUUUACUUAUCAAACUGAGAGGUACUUUUUAACUGAUUUUGAAAUACUUACAGUCUUAUAGUCAUGUGUCUUUGUGAUCUAUUUAGAAAAAUUAGAUUAUCAUCGGCAGGAUUAGUUGUUUCCUACAAUUUAUCAAAAACAAUUUAUUGCUGUAAACCGUAUGAUUCAAAUCACUCUAAAUCAAACUUCUCACAUCCAGACUAACUUUCCCAGAUAAUACAGAUGGAGAUGGAUUUUCUCCUCCAUGUAUAUAUCUUAAUAGGAUUGACACUGGCAUGUGCCCUCUUCCCAUGCUCUAGAGUUCGUACCCUGGGCUUUGAGGUGAAAGUUGGAUGGCAUACAUGUGUUGCUAGGACGCCAGACGGUAAUCCGAAUCUAAACAGAUGAAGAAAGGAUGAAACUCUUCUAUCAUACAAACAAACAGUCCAGAGCUGUAAAAGUAACUGUGUUUACAUGGCACAAUGUCCAUCCUGUCAGCCCCUUGCUAGCUCAUUUUGUCGAUUGUUUUCAUACAUAAGAGAUCAACCAAUUGCUAUGAGCUAAAAAGGGGUAUGUCACCAUCUAACAUAGCUGAGGCUAUGUUUGGAACGACCUGCCAGAGGGGAUAAGGCGUGCAGAGACAGUCGCUUCUUUUAAGUCAAAUUUAAAAACUCACUUUUACAGACUUUCUUUUAUGUGAUGCCGUCUUUUACCUUUUUCUUUUAUUUCUUUUACCUUUUUUACCUCUAUCUUAUUUCGACUUACUAUCCUUUUAGCCUUUGUUUUACUUUUAAUCAUUUCUUAUUUAACCUUUUAGGCCCUUUAUUGAUUUUAAUGCUUUUUCCUGCUCAUUUUUAUUAUUCCAUUUUAUCAUUAAUAUUACCAUCAUUAUUAUUUUAUUAUGAUUGUAUUAUCAUUAUUAAUAUCCUCUUUUAUACUUAUUAUCCUGUUUCCUGCUUUCUGCCCUCUUCUUCUAUUUCAUUCUUCCUCUUACCUAUUUUAUGUUUUUAUUUUGGUCCUCAGGGUCUCAUUUUAUGUUGUAGGGUUCUAGUAUUGCCUCAGUUUCUUAUGAAAAAUGAAACUGGCCUUCAACUCAGAGGCCAUGUUUUUAACUGAGCUUUUGUUUUUAUUUGUUUUUAUUUUCAUGUGCUGAUGUUCUGUGCUUGCAACUGUUGUCAAAGCACUUUGUAAACUCCUGUUUUUAAAAGUGCCAAAUAAAUUAAGUUAUUAUUAUUAUAACCCGAAUAUGCACAUGGUUACAAUUUCUGUUUUCAGAAAGAAGUUUGUCAGAUGCUGACCAGUUUACUCUUUAACCUUUAUAUCCACGUAAAGCCGUACUUCAACAGAAAAUGUUUUUUUUUUUUGUUUGUUUGUUUUUUGGUAAUCCUGCUCCAGUUUCAGCCUGAAUACAAAACACUGUGUUUGGUAAUCCAACCUGAACACACGCACACAAACACACACACACACACACACACACACACACACACACACACACACACACACACACACACACACACACACACACACACACACACACACACACACACACUACAAUCUUUUUGCUUAAAAUCUUAUUUUAUCAUGUGGGUCAUGCAGAGGCAUCUGUAUAAGAGUAAAACUGUUUCAAAAUCACUCCUCAUGUGUCCUUUAUGUAUGAUUUCUUAACUAUUAAAUGUGGGUAUUUCAGUUUUAGACACAGGAGUAGCUCAAAGAGUCACGCAGUCUUUUGUUUUUGUGAUCAGCCUGUCAUGUGACCCACUUGCCAGAGUGAAACCACACCUUUUCCUGCUGUGUACUCUCUGCAUCCUGCAUUUUUGAGAACAAAAUACAUAAUGUAGGAGUGACUCCAUGCUCUCUAACAUUCAGUUUAAUGUUGUUGUGGAAGGAACUGCAUGCAUUUCCACAACUGGCAAUGUCUGUCAGGGACCUUGUUAACCACUUCCUGUUAUUGUCUCUCACUGGGAGUGGAUGGCCACUACAUUGCAGAAGUUCAGCAGCAGACUUUCAUUUUCCUGUGUGUGUUUGUUCACUUUUUGGUAACAGAUAGGCACAGAUUGCCAAACCCAGUUGGAAGGGAGAAAACUAAUAACUGAACAAAUGAAGAAAAUGUGAGCACUGUCAUUGUAGACAAUAACCAAAGCUAUGUAUUAUGCACAAUCAGGGCCAAUUUAGUCAAACAGCCCUUUCAGCGAGUCAUGGACGUAAUCGUUUUUGCACCAAAAGCGGCCUACAGGGGUAACAGGCUAUCACAGCUAAUUUCGCUACAAUACAUUUAUAGAGGAUUUUUCAGAGGUUACUUUCAAAAGGCAUUUGAUUAAAUAUAAAGCUUUGUAAGAAUACAAUGGGAGCACUUGACCAGAGACUGAGAGAAGCAACAAGGGAAUCAGUAUAAAAGGCAGCGGGGAAGCGAACAAUCUGGCUCAUCAAGCUAUUUGUUUGAUACUUCCCACUGUUAUUGUGAUGAAAUACUACACAGAAGGGUUAGUAAUACAGCCGCUCCAAUGAUGUGACAAUAUUGUUUGCAGCAGCAAUACACUUGUGACUUAUAAAUGUGACUGAAUAAGACAGUACCAAGUAAAUGCCCUGGCUGCUGCUGGGACUUAGAAAUCAAAUCUGCUAAAGUGAUUUAUGACACACUGAGACCCUAAUCCUUCACUUUAUGGCCCUCCUGCCACAGAGAAUGUCAUACCUCAGCAGGUAAGGAAUAUUUCAGAUACGUUUCCAGGCUUCAGGAAUUAUUCCUGAAGCUAAGAAAAGAGCAAAACAUGUGAUUACAGGAGAAUACAACCAUGAGCACAGGCGCACAAGUGAUAAAUCAUAUUUCACAGGCAUUGUUGCGUCUUGUCUGUUGUUUGUCAAAUUACAUCAUGCUUUGCUUUGCAAAUCUUUGAGUUUAUAAUGUGCGACCAGCCCGGCUUAUUAUUUGAAGUAACUGAAAGCGGUGAUGCAAUGUAAUGCAAGCGGCCAAUCAUCUGCCACGGAGGAUGUUUUUGUAUCCGUCUCUCUUUCAUCUUAAAUCCACAUUGUGUUUUUGUUUGGGUUAUGAGCCAUCCAACUUAAGCCUGAAACCUAUUGACACAGGUGCCAAUCAUAUUCAUUUUCUCUUCGUUUGGAAGUGGAGCUUGUUAUUGUAUAAGCCAACAUUCUGGUAGAGGCAGACAGAAACUGACAGAGGGUCUAAGUGCAAGCGUAAGGGAAGAAGAAAAGCAAUUCUUGCUGAGGAGGAGAGGGAGUUGGCUGAUGUAAUUGAGAUAGAAUGAGAUGGUAUCAGCACAGGGGUCGCCAUGAAUAAACAGAGGGAGGGCACUGAGGACAAUCGAGUGUGUGAAGGAGAAAGAGGCCAACCUUUUGCUUGUGUGUGUGUGUGUGUGUGUGUGUGUGUGUGUGUGUGUGUGUGUGUGUGUGUGUGUGUGUGUGUGUGUGUGUGUGUGUGUGUGUGUGUGUGUGUGUGUGUGUAGAAGCAGAAGCAUUCUCCUAUAUGCCUUUGAGCAUAUGUGUCUGUGCAUUUCUGUGUGUGUGUGUGAGGAUCAUCGCUGUGAUGGGGGGAGGGGAAGCCUUCUCUUUAAGCCCUGGAUCUGACUGACUGGUGCUUUCCCCCCGUGGAGAGCAGGCUGUGUUUGUGCUGCAUAGAAUAAAGACCUCACUCUGGGGCAACACCCGGGGGACCAUCACCUACACAAAACACCAUCACACACAAUGUCUCCCUCUCUUUGUCUUGCCUGCAUGUCUAUGUCGCAAAUGUAUUCGGUCAAACUCCACGAGCUCAUACACACACUUAUCGCCGACACGUCAUCCACAGUCAACAGCAUGCCAUAGAAACUGAAAGCCGAAGGGGACGAUCACAGGAGAAACACUUAAUGAAUAUGUAGAGCAGGUGCUGAUCAUCAGGCGCUUGUAGAUAAGUAAUAGUACUUUUUACAACGGCAUGCUGGAGAUGCCAGAUGGGUUGGGUUUAGACAUCUUUGCAAUUCAAACAGUGUCAUGUAAUUCCCACUAAACACAAUCACAGACUUCAAUCUUUCCUUUUUUUUUUAAUGGUCAAUAUUUAAUUGAGCUUUAAGAUCACAAUCCAGAAACAUGUGCGACAUAUGGUGUUAAUUGAACCCCAAGAUAUCUGGGUUGGGAUGAAAGAGACGUGAUUGCUGAGCUCUACCGUAUUUAGGCUAUGGCCACAGAUAUAAGAGAAUCCAUAACAGCAGAUUUUUCACACUUUGUUAAAAAUAAAUCCCAUAUUGAUUGAAUAUUUCUUCAUUCACACAUCAGCUAAAACCUGCCAGGUUAGUAGGAGGUGAUGAUUUGUUAUCGGUCACGUCAGUCAACGUUGGAGAACUUUGUGCACAGGAGUAGAAAACAUCUUCUUGAACAAGCAGUACCAUUUAAACAAUACUGCUUAAACUGUGUAUGGAGUGGAUACUAAAAAAUUAGUGUGAUAUUUUUGUUUAACCUUGUGUCUUAUGCUGCGUUCGAGUUACCUCGGAAGUCAAAUGUCCAAGCUGGGAAUGACAUCACACCCAUGUUACCAGCGUUUCAGUUACCAAGUCGGAAAAAAGCAAAAUCGGAGAUGGAAGCAGUAGCAUAGUGAUAAGGACAGCAAGGUGUCCCUCCAAAAAUGUAAUUGGGGGACUUGACUGGACUACUUUCCUUGUUCCAGUUUACAAGCGCCGGGCAAGAAUCGUAUCAUUGACAGAAGCGUGUCUGCCUCCGUUACCGUAGGUGCUGACAUGCUCCCUUUCAGCUAAAUACCAUCAGGUUGUCUCCCUGUUGAUGUUUUACGUAUCAAAACAGACAGCAGAAUGCAACAAGAAAGUUUCAUCCUUUCAUGUACUUUCUUCUUCUGUUGAGGUUUUGCUUGCUACAUGUCAUCCUAGCAAUGCAUCCAUACUAUUAAACCACCAGACCAGAGCCCGGUGUGUAAACACUGGGGCAUGCUCGAUCAAACUGAGCACCAGUUUUAGUUGGAUUAAGCCAGGCAUGUCCAAAUUAUUCCACAAAAAGGCCGUGUGGCUGCAGGUUUUUCUUUCAACCAAUCAAGAGCAGCAGUCUGACCUAUCACCUGUCUGAAGACUGAGAUCAGCUGAUGAAAUGAGUCAAGUCAGGUGUUCUGCUGCUUGGUUGGAAAGAAAACCUGCAGCCCUUUGCGGAAUAGUUAAGACAUUCCUGGAUUAAGCUGAAUUACCGCUGAAAAAAUCAAUCUCCAAUCACAUUAUCCAGGUAUGUUAGUCCAACUAUAAGAAGUGGAAAAUAGUGAUGUCCCGAUCUGAUAUUGAUAUUGAUAAUGGAUAUUGGUCUGAUAUCGGCAAAAAAACUAAUAUCGUAUUAUAUCGGCCUGCAUCUAAAAUCUCCGAUAUCAGCACUCCAAUACAAGCGGUCCAUUCCAGACUCCGCUCCAGAACCUCUAGCUAGCAGCACCCAGAUCCAGCAUGCAGAGCCCACGUGAUCACAACAACAGUGUGUACCAAGGUCCUAACAAGGUAGCAAGGAGUAGAAGUGUAAAAUUGUGUGGCAGUAUUUUUCGUUUAAGUGCAAAAAAGACAUUGCAGAUCAGUGCAAAACUUGUCAUGCACAAGUUUGUGCCAAUAUCAGAUCAGUAUGGGUAUCGGCCAAUACUGAAGGCUACAGUAUCGGUAUCGUAAGUUUAAAAAGUUGUAUUCCGACACCUCUAGUAGAAGGCUAUUUCAGUCUGGCCAACAUGUUUAUGUGCAUUUUGAAAGUUCAGUUUCAGUGAGACUAUUGCAGUAAAUUUAUUUUUUUAAGUGCAUGUAAACGUACUGAAUGUGAGAGCAGUAGCGCAAAUCUGGAAGUCCAACAUUUAGAUGCAAAAACUGUUAUCGUAGUCUCUGACUCCUUUGCUUGAUCUGACAUCAUGUUGUCAGCAUUUCACUGUAACUUGCACAGCAUGCUUUUGAUGUCAUGUCCUGCCUCCAGAGACCCAUCUCCUCCCCUGCUGCCCUCCGCCCUGCUUAUCUGACAGGAAGGACUUCACAAUGUGAGGAACAUGCGUGAUAACAGCAACUUUGGUCAAUUUCAUGGCCAAACAGUGCAUAUGUCAAAAGAGGAAACUGAGGAUACAAGACUGGUGUGAAGCUGUCCUCAAUGUUAGAAAAGCCACCAGUACAAAUCAAAGAGGAACUAGAAACAUAAUAUAUCCUUUUUUUUUUAUUUCCAACAAAUAUAUGAACACAUGCGUACACAGGUACCCACAAAGACAUACACAAUCUCAUAAACAUGUCUACAACGCAGACAGACAUGUCUGUCGUAAAUGUGAGCAUGUCCUGGCUAGUCUCCCUGGAAGCAACGUUUGGAGAGCCAGGGGACUGAAUGAAGUCUUUUGAGUCCGUGCUCGAGAGGGGCAGGUCCAUUGUUAAGGACAGCUGGGCCUCUUGUUUCUUGCUUUCUCUCUGGGGGCAAUGGGCACCCAAUAUGAGAGGAUUGGGUUUCUAUAACACCCCCCACCCUCUCCCCCCUCCAUGCAUCUGCAGCAGAAUAGCAUUGACUCUCACUGUCUGUGCUUCUGUCUGAGGACUCAUAUGGCAAGAAAAAAACCAUGCAGUUGUAGUUUGAUUGAGAGAAUACAGAAGUGCAUGCAGGGAAUGAUUUAGUUUUACAUGUGUAGUAUAUCAUUUAUGCAACAUUUAGUUGAUGCAAAUGCAAACAUGGAAAUAUUGAGGUUUUCUUUAAAUGUCUAUAAAGUUUUGCAACCGAAUCAAUGCAAACUUCUAAAUCUACUUUGUUAUAAAGCUGCUGUGCCCUGGCAUCAUAAACAAUACCCACAGAUAUUUUUGUAACCAUGUCUUUUCCUUCUAUGUAUAUCUCCAUCCCCCAUACCUCUACCCCUCUCCUCUCUCUUUUUUCCCACACUCUCCUCCCUCCUCGCCUGCCCAAGGGAGCACACUGAUUGGGUGAAUAGAGCCACUCUCUGCAGAGUCUGCUCCGUCUGUCACUAUCCUUGUGGCAGGAGAGUGGAAUAGAAGACAAGCUCCCAAAACUGGGCUAUUAAAGGCUAUUUUCAUCCCUGCACGUCUGUUUCUGUGGGCUCAUACUCCAAAUAUAGAUCUGGCACUGGUGACGCCAAUGUAACACGUCCCCCUUUUUCACUAGUUUAAGUCUACUUAUGCAAUCUCUCCCUCACAUCAACUAGGGCUUGGCCAUACCUGACCUUCUUGGCCUGAUCCUGCAGCUAUAUGUUGCUGCCAUUCAUCGUAAUACUCAAGCCUGUGUUUUUCCUCCUGCACUACUUGGAGGUCAGGUGCUUGAGGUGGAAAGUUGGGAGUGUGGGAGUAUGGGAACAACAUGUUUCCAUUUGGAUGUGGAGCACAAAUCCAAGAAAAACAUGUUGGGUGUGACCUACAAGUUCCAGCCAGUAUCCUGUCAUUCCAGCGCACAAUGCAGGGAGGGAGGUGACAAAUCCCUAAGCCACUUUGUGUCACAGGCAGACACGAAUAGAGUGGCGCUCCAUGUGACAGAUGCUGUGCACACUGGGACGUGUUUAAAAAAAAUCAAUGGCAGUCAGUUCACCUGACAUACUCUGCUUUGUUCCUCUGAAAAAUAAAUAUGUCACAUAAAUAAAUAGAGCACUUGAAGGCAGAGAAAGUCUGCAUGCGCUGGGUUUCAUCAGGAAGCAGUAAUGUCACCAACACCCUAAAGACACAAACAUGGAAGGAUGUGUUUGUGUGACCUGUUUUUGUAAGAAAGGCACCUCAUUGUUAGGAACAAAAGACACAAAGAAAGGAAAGUUUAUGAUGCAAAAAUUUGAAAUCAAGCUCUAAACAAAGAAAAAAUCAUUAUUUCAAUGCAUGCUGAGACCUGUCAUUUAUGAGUUAAAUCACAACAAUGAUAUUCAGCAGCAUAUAAUUAUAGAAGCUCAGGUGGAAAUAACAAAUACAAAAGGAUAUAGAUGAAUAAAACACUGCACAGCUACAUUUGAGUGCGCGUGGCAGCUUUCCCCUCUCUCUCCUGUGUGUGUUUGCUGAAUAGAGGUACUAUGGGUCAGUGGAGCAGCUGGUGACUGGGAGGAAGAACUUAACCAGGCCUCCUUUGUGGAUCAGCUGUCUCUGGCUGAGCUUUGUCAUUCCAAAUUGGGUCCCUUACAACCCAAGCCUGGGGACGUUUUGACAUGUAAAUGGAGAACCGAGAGCUCCAAAGCCCCACGAUUACUCACGAGAAGUUACAGGGGCCAAAAACGGCUCGCUGAGAUGCACUGCUGGGGGGCAGGGAGGACACACACGCAGCUUCUCUGCAGACUGAAGUGUGCCUCACAGUCUGGAAUUAUGUUAAUGAUUGAGCUUCCGUCUGGACACCAAAGAGUCUCCUCCCUGAUGGAAUAAAUUACAGGUGAUAUGAGCAGUCGCUGUGUGGGAAGUCUUAAACAAUAUAAAAGCCUUUUGACAGUGUUUGUGAAGCUAGGUUAUAAAAUAAAAAUGUUCCUUUCAUUCAAUCUAACCGAGAGAGAGGGAGAGGUGCUGUGCAGGAAUAAUGAACACAACAGAUGUUGGAGCAAAUGUCAAAGCCAAUUUGCAGCCAAUGUUUCAGGUUUGUUAAUUAAUGUAACAUCGAUUUAAAUAUUAGCUGGCAGACCACAUCGUACACACAUGUAAUAGGAUGUGUAAAUGUGUGUGUGGGGGAAUUUCAAAUGACUGUGCACACUGUUACACAGGUGGGAAAUGUGUGUGAGAGGUGCCCUUAUUUAAAUGUCAGUCAGCAUCUGAGUUUUCAUUGUUAUUUAAAACCACUGAGGGGAGUUUUUAUCUGGUUAUUAUGAGACAGUCUCGAUUAAAAACAAAUGUCUCUCUAUAAAACCACAAAAGUAACUGGACUGAAUAUUCUGAGUGCUAAAUACUUGUUACAGCUGCCUUCUUCUUUGGUGAAGUGAGUUAUCACUAGCCAAUCGCAAGCAGGAAGUGGAUUUUUAUGUUGUUUUUUUAAAUACUGCACAACUAAAGAACAGGACAGGAAAUAUGACACAAGAGGAAAAAAAAUACUCAAGAAAUAGGCAGUGACAAAACCUGAGUAUUGGAGGUAUUAGAGGAGACACUUGAAGCUUUUUCAUUCUCUGGCUUUUAAAACAAACAAAAACAGAUCUUCUGAUCUGCUGCAGGCCAUAGUUUUCCCCCCUAAAAAAACCUUAUUCUUACACAAGUGGAAAACGCUGCAAGAGUUAACGCUUAUUAGCGCUCAUGUGUUUAGAUAAGUAUAAUUCAAGUGUGUAAUCAGGUGGGAUUUUGUUUUCGUAAGCACAGAAUGAGCCUUUUAAAGCUUCAUAUUAACAGGAGCAGGUCCUUUUGCCCAGAGGACACCAUCUAUCACUCUUUGCAGGGAGUGGCUGUUGUUUUUGGUUUUGUUGUUGUUGUACACAGGGUAAAAGCCUGACAAAUUGAGGGCCACAGAUAUGCAUCACAGGAUCUUCUUGUCUCGAAGGCGACUGUUAUUUCACCUAAAGCAUUUCUAUCUGCUAACUGACUGAAUAUUUGCAUAUCUGCAUAUUUACCCUUAAAAACUGAAUGAAAAUCAUGAUUUAUAAUGUAAUGUUGAAAUGUCAAAAACCCUUUUGGGUGCUGAAUUUAUUUGUCUAAUGUGUCAUAUUUAAAGGGAAAUUCCGGUGCAAAAUUAAUUUAGGGUCAAACACACCGUAACGCUGAGUUAGACACAGUUAGAAAGAUGAAUGUCGCCGACCACUUGCUUCUUUAGUUAUACCAACUUCGGUAACGACCUCAGGGUAGCAAUACACCAAAAAGCCACUCUAUAGCCACAAAUAAUGCUCAGAACAGCACCUAACUUCAUCAACAGUACAUACAGGGUCCCAGCCAUAGCACUAGCGACCAAACAUCUUUUUAACUUUGCCUGAUUUCUUUAGCAAAGAGACUAAACACAACUCACCUACUCUCUUCCAGUAGCCACUUGUUUGUACGGAGACCUCGGGCCAGUCCAUUACGGACUACAGUGGGGUGACGCAGCUCAAGGAAGAACAUCUAUGAUCACUACUUUAUGGAAAUGCAAUCAGACCAAGACGCUAAGGCAGAAGAACUACCGCGUCUGCAGUGCAAAAUGAUUAAUAUGGUGAUUAUUACUUCAAGGAAAUGAUAAAGUAAUGAUCAUAAAUGUUCUUCCUUGAGCUGCGUAACCCUGCAGCAGUCUGUAACGGACUACAAACAAGCGGCUGCUGGAACAGAGUGGAUGAGUUGUGUUUAGUCUCUUUGCAAAAGAAAUCAGGCAAAGUUAAAAAGAUGUUUGGUGGAUAGUGCUGUGGCUGGGACCCUAUAUGUACUGUUGAUGAAGUUAGGUGCUGUUCUGAGCAUUAUUUGUGGCCAUAGAGUGGCGUUUUGGUUGAGGUUUGGACCGCAGUGUACUGCUAUCAUGCAGUCAUUACUAAAGUUGGUAUAACUAGAGAAGCAAGUGGUCAACAACAUUCAUCUCUCCAGGAGGUGUCUAACUCAGUGUUAUGGUGUGUUUGACCCCAAAUCAAUUUUACGCCAGAAUAUCGCCUGUAAGUGUUCCUUUCAUAAUGAUAUCAUACUGAAUUUAUACUCUAGCAAGACAGUAUAUACCUAAAAACAAUCUAGGCUUUAACUUGUCCAAAUAUAUGACAGGCGGAAAUUGGCUGACAAGUAUCCUGAAAGAUUGCACACAAAAUAAGUGUAGGUUAAACUUAAUGAAAAGCUGUUUUAUACCAGCACAACCUUUAAACAUUUCAGUGGCUCCAUAAAAUGAAGCUUUUGGCCAGACAGCAACGCCCCAGUGAGCUGGUGUUCAACACGUCUGCGAGCCACAUGUGUGCUUGGCUGUAAAACACUUUCUAACUCGCUCACUCGCAGGAGAAGCUGCCCAUGUGUGGUUAAGUAGUUACAAUGCAGCUCUAACCCAGAGACCAAACAAACAAGAAUAACUCGGCACAUUUGGACUGACGCCAGGGCUGCAAACAUCAUUGCACUUACACAAACAGAGAGCUCUCCAUGGCCUCAAUAAUGCACAACAUCACACAUCUGGAGCGUGUCUCGUAUUUGUACUAGUGGAGAAACCAACAGCAGAGAGCUGCUGAGCUGCAGAAGCAGUGGGCGCACAGGAAGUGAAAUUAGCUCAAUAUACUGUUGCCUGCGGCAUUUUGAAGGAUAAUUGCUGACACUCGAAGCUUACAGGAUAGCCAUUAGAUGCUGCCGUGGUCAGGAAACUCUCUCUUACUGACAGCUGUAUGAGUCUUCACGAUGAAGGAACAUGCAUGUAAACAUGGAGUUACCCAUGUCCUCCAUACUGUCUGCACUGCUUAUUAUGGAAGUAUGUUGGCAGCAUAAUAAACCAGGAAUUGCUGCCUGCUGUGGCAGUGCUUUUUUCCAAGCUGCCCUACUUUCUGCCUGUAGUUGUAGACUUGGUUUAUUUAUUCUGAAUGGCCACUUAUCACUGUUUUUUUACUUGACUUUUCUCUUUAUGAGGAAAUGGAGUGUCUCUGCGAAUGGGGGCAGAGAACAUUCAGGCCUACUGCUGUGCUCCUCUGAUAGUUUCCAUCACGGGUAUCAGCAAUGUGAAGCCGGGUCUCUGCAAACAAGGCGACAUUUAUCAUCCCCCGGUAAUGAGUAUUAAUUGACGAGAGAACAAACAGUUAAAGUUGCCUAAUGUGUUUGCACGAUGUAAAGCAUUCAACGCCAAUCUCACAGCAACUGAUCUAAUUCGUCUUUUCAGCGCAGUGACGCAGUAGGAAACAGAGAGAGAGAGAGAGAGAGAGAGAGAGAGAGAGAGAGAGGGCACAGGGGUGUGCUGGGUAUAAGGAGAUGAACAGAGCAGCAGAUAAUGACCUCAGCUUCCAUCUGCUGGGCACCGCGGGGCGGAGACACCUUCAAUCUGCCACCGGUCGGUCGCCACAGCAAUCUGCCGCUCCCCAUCGUCCUGGUGACAUCUGCUUUUUGGGUGACUGAAAGAUGAAUGCAGCACCAGCCGCACGGGCACAGAACAGACGUCACACAGACCGCCAGACACACACACACACACAUACUAACACUAACACUGCGGCACAGAUGGCCAGAGACACACUACCGUGGUGAUUACAAUCCAGGCUUUCUCUGCUGCCUCCAACCUCUCUGUAAAGUGGAUGUAAUAUAAUGACAGGUUUGUGUUAGUGCAGAGAUGUUUGCAGCUUAGGGUCUGGCAUUGGUAGCCUUUGGCUUGUAUCCAGGUACCUCACCAAAGUGCCGUUUGUUUGGGUUAACUAAUACCAAUAACCUCCUGUGAUGGCGCUGACAUAUAGGCAUUAACCAGUUCAAGGAAUCACACUCUGUUUAACUUCAUAAUACAUGUGUUUGUUUUCAGAGCAUGGGGGAUUAGUGUUGAUGUUUACUACUGCUCUGUAUCUAUGGCAAUACCGUUUUGCUUGAGUAGAGUCCCCAGCCACAGCUGUCACAGUUAUUUAGUGCCUCUGCGGUAACCUUGGAAACACCCAGCCUGCAUACAUGUGCUAGCAGAAAGUGAGAUCCUGAUAAACAGGUGAGGAGUCGGGAAUAUGAUAAUUACAUACAGAGCAAAGUGAAAAAAGUAACCAAACCACCUCAUGUGUUAGGUUCACUUCUAAAAGGACAGCUGGAGGGAGACCAGACAGGCGAGCAGAGAGAGGGAGAGAAGGAUAGAGAGAGAGAGAGAGGAAAUUAAGGGGUGGGGUGGCAGUGACAGAGGAACAGUGAAGCAGAGGAAGCAAAGGAAAAAGAGGGGAAUUCAGGUCAGUGUCGUGGAUUAUGCAUGCUAGGCUGAGCUUUCUGAUCCACCUCUGGUUUUGGGAGAGAAAAAGAAUCUAAGAGAGAAAGGGCACUGGUGUGAUAGAUAGACAAACAGACUGUUAACACAUCGCUUUAAAAGGAUUUACAGUCAUACAAAUGCAAAAGGAAAGUCAAGUCACAUCCAGUUACUGCAGCAGCAAUUUUAAAACACACAGAUGCUGUAGUCUGAUUUGUAGUCUUAGAGAUUUUGGGUCCCUCCUGAACCUUUCAUCACAGAAUUGUGAUCAAUAUAUCUCUACUUAAAGGGAUAUUCUGGCGUAAAAUUAAUUCAGGGUCAAACACACCUUAACACCGAGUUAGACACCCCCUCCAGAGAUGAAUGUUACCGACCGCUUGCUUCUCUAGUUAUACCAACUUUAAUAAGAACCACACGAUAGCAAUACACAGCGGUCUUAGGAGCCAUAAACAAACCCCAACCAAAACACCACUCUAUAGCCACAAAUAAUGCUCAGAUCAGCACCUAACUUCAUCAACAGUACAUAGAGGGUCCCAGCUACAGCACUAGCCACCAACAUCUUAACUGUGCCUGAUUUCUUUAGCAAAGAGAUUAAACACAACUCACCUACUCUCUUCCAGCAGCAGAACUGUAGAAGACCAGUCCAUUACGGACUACAGUGGGGUGACGCAGCUCAAGGAAGAACAUUUAUGAUCUUUUUUUUUUUUUCUUGAAGUAAUAAUCACCAUAUUAAUCAUUUUGCACUGCAGACGUGGUAGUUCUUCUACCUUAGCGUCUCGGUCUGAUUGCAUUUCCAUGGAGAAAUGAUCAUAAAUGUUCUUCCUUGAACUGCGCCCCCCUGCUACAGUCCGUAAUAGAUUUGCCGGAGAAGCGAGUGGGUGAGUUGUGUUUAGUCUCUUUGCUGAAGAAAUAAUUGGUAUAGUUGGUAAAACUAGAGAAGCAAGCGGUCGGCAACAUUCAUCUCUCAAGGGGAUGUCUAACUCGGUGUUAUGGCAUGUUUGACCCUAAAUUAAUUUCAUGCCAGAAUAUCCCUUUUAAAGCUCCUACAAGGGGUAUUUAGCAGGACACCAAACAGAGUGAAAUGAAUGGUUUUUCUUCUAUUUCUUCUAUUUCUUCAUACAUUUUCCACAGCAAAUGUUCACUAGGAGUAUUAUAUUUGACUGUUUCUGAUUUCUUUUUAACCCUAGCUACAUGUGUGCAUACAUAAUUAUUUUAGCAAAUUAAUAAAAUGCAUUUCUUUGUUCUUGGGGGCACCGAAAUAAACAUAAUCCAAAAGUUCCUCAAAGGAACGUCUGACAACUUCUAAAAUUUAAUCCAGUAAAAACUGCAACUUACAAAUUUUAGCUACAGCUUGAUCUGUUGGUCAUUUGAAUAACGAACAAGAUUAAUUGCAACUUUCUCUACAUUUCUUAUCAGGGUAAGUGGGACCAACAGCAACAAGAAUGACAAUUGCUGAUUAGUUUUGUAAUUUAACUUGUAAUCACAGCCAACAAACAGGUGUCAGACAGGGAAAUUGCCUAAAUAGCCUUCACCAAGCAAAGAUCUGCACUGAUUAAUAUGUUUGACUGUGUGAAGAAAGCAGAAUAAGACUGAUGCAAAAACCCCUACUUACUAAGAUUAAAGGUUUGUCCACACAGUCUGAAAGUUCAGGAGCUUUAAUGGAAAAAAAGGGUUUGAUUGCAAAUAAAAGGAGAGCACAACAGGCACUGAUGAGAUGUUUUGUUAUCAAUUUCUCGCCUGUUAAUCAACAGGAUCAUUAAUUUUGACACCGCGGAAAAAUAUUUGGACAGUUGAGGGGAGCUUAGAGGAUUGUGAUUCAUCAGAACAUAAUGCAUCUUGUUUGUUCUCAUAUUUUGCGGUGUCCACUUCUGUUGCCUGAGACACGUAAAAAAAAACAGAGUGUAAACAGGGUCAGAGUGACACAAAGUUAAACAGAGGAUUGCUGUCAGCUCGGAUAAUUUUUAGGGAGCAGGACUGAAACUGAGUCGCAAUCAUCUUAUGAAACAGUCAGUUAGAUUGAAAUAGAUUGCUGACGGUUUAUGCAAGGCCUGAAAGAUAACUCUUCCCUCAGUCAGAUGAAAACUAUCUGAAAACAAGUCCUCUUUUUAAAUAAGCAAAAUAAAACCUGAAGCUGGCAUGUGGAGCAGGACCAAAGUUAGAUUUAUUGUCAACUAAAACAUGCCAAACUUUAAAGGUCUGAUUUCAGUUUUCAAAAAUAUCAGGCAAGCUGAGUUAUUUCUAGAAUGAGUCAAGGUUUCCUAUUGCUCAGUUUAGAGUCCAAAAUAGGUCUUCCAUGGGUGUUAGAAAAACAGAAUAUCUCUCAUGCCGGUGUCAGAGGCGUCAAAGUACAAAAGUGUGUCAGCUCACAGUGUUUACUGGGUCAAAAACUAUUUGGGUCAGCCUGGGUAGGCUGAUUUUUGUGUUUGUCGGACUUCAACACAGCAGUGUUUAAGUAAGUACAUGGCAUAUCAGUGUUCAUAAUAUCUUAACAUACUGUUUAACACAAACUACUUAAUUGAGUUACAACCCACAUAUGGCAAAUCCCACCCACCUGGCAUUUGAAAGGAUACCUCAUUAAUUCUCAGACUGAAUCCUUUCAUACGGCUGUGGGUGGAUAUGUUAAAUUCAUUAUUAAAACAUCCAUAGAGUUCUGUGUUUUCAUAAUUUGCCCCCUCAUUUAUGAUGUAAGUACUGCCGUCCCUGCAGGGGAACAAGCCCUCGCAGAGACGGGGCUUUAAUUUAGCUUUGAGAAAAGGCUUAUGUGCUUGUCUGAAACAAUGAAGACAGAGUGUAGCUUUAAGGAAACACUGACUACUCCGCUGCUCUCUUUUAGUGGCAAUUAAUUGUUUCUCUCAGUUCAUCUUUAUAAAGAGUGAUGACCAGCAUGAUGUACAACCAGCUUAGUUUUUAAACGUGACAGUUUGGAUCUAAUAAAGAAAAAAAAAUUGAUUUAUUGCAUUUGUUCGACUGACCUUUGAAAUACAUGUAAACACUUCACAGACAUAACAGACCCUCUCUUGCAUGUAUGGGACUCAAACUGGCCCAAGUGUUAUGCACAUGCUCCACAUUUUGCAUGUCAGGCUUUGACCCAAAAAGUUGAACGGCACAUAUACAGUAGGCAUGUGUGGAGCAUUUCCCCAACAACUACAUGUUACAUUCACAGAAAUUAUAAGAAAUGUAGAAAACCUGUCGAGAAAGGAAAAAGAAAAAAUGUGAAUAAAAACAAAAAGAAUAAUUUGUAAAUUAUUUUUGACCUAUUUUUAAUUGAAUACACAACAAUGACAAGAUAUUUUAUUUUACAUUUGAUCAACUUCAGUGCUUUUUGCAAAUAUUCGCUUAUCUUAAAUUUGAUGCCUGCAACAUGUUAAAAAAAGCUGGGACAGGGUCAUGUUUACCUCUGUGUUACAUCACCUUUUCCUUCAACAACACUCACUAAGCAUCAGGAACUGAGGACAGGAAUAGUUGGAGCUUUGGAGGUGAAAUUAUUUCCCAUCUUUGCUUGAUGCUGUCGUAUUUUGUGCUUCACACAUUUUUAAUGGGAGACAGGUCUAGACUGCAGGCAGGCUGGUCUAGUACCCGCAAUCCUAUACUAUGAAACCAUGCUGUUUUAACUCGUGAUGAAUGUGUCUUGGCGUUGUCUCGCUAAAAUAAGCAUGGACGUCCCUGGAAAAGGCGUGGCUUGGAUGGCGGCAUAUGUUAUCCCUAACCCUAACCUUCACAGAUGUUGGUUUAUGUACUUUGACUUGAUAACAAUCUGGAUGGUCCUUUUCCUCUUUAGCUGUGACGACACCACGUCCAUGGUUUCCAAAAGUAAUUUGAAACGUGGACUCGUCAGACCACAUUCCCACUUUGCGUCAGUCCAUCUCAGGUGAGCUCAGGGUGGCGUUUCUGGAUGUUGUUGUUAUUUGGCUUUACAUGGUAAAGUUUAAACUUGCAUUUGCAGAUGUAGGGACAGACAUGCAGAGAUAUUUGCCAUACUAUUAUAGUAUUGCAUAGUUAUACCGAAGUUGCAGUGAUAACAGAUGAUGGUACAGGCAAGCUUCAAACAAGUAGCCAAGGGUAAACUGGGACACACAGGGCACAUUUUGAGAUUUCAUAAGGAGUCAGUGCAGGGAGGCUAAUGUUGGAGGGAAAUUGACUUUGUUCCUAAUUAAAUGUGGGAGUUAACGGACUCCUUACUCAAAUAAAGUGCCCUGAUUCCUAACAGUGGUGCUGGAUAUCAUGCUGGAUGUUUGAGGCCAAGUACAAUAAACUUCUGUUUUGUCUGAACUAAUGAGCAAAGAAAUUCAGAUUGUUCAGGUAUGUCACCCAACAGGUAAUUUGACUUGAGCGAGUGUGUUUUAAGAGUUUUAUAUUCAAGUAUUACAUAAUUUUAAUGAAAAUUCAGAAGUGUAUGAUGCUCUGGAACAUGAUUUGUCAAAGAUCAUGUUUGAAGUGUGGUAUAUUUUACAGAAAUGUAUGGAUUUAAUGUAAUUGCAGGAGUGAUAUAGUGGAGCAGGCAGUUUGACUCAUGAUCUGGCAAAAUUUGGACUUGAACCAGCAGCUCAAGGUACUCUUUAACACCAGGUUAUAGCUCAGCUUAAAUAUGAGGGGACAUUUUAAAAGUAAGACUUAGCAUGAUUUAGAUAUAUCAACUUUUAAUCUUUCACCUAUUGACAUCUGAAUAUAAGUGUAGAUACUCUAAAUAGUUGUAAUGAAUCACAAAAAAUACCACCAUAUAGCAGCCUGGAUCUCUUAAAUGAGUUGCAUAUUUUGACAAACAGUACAGAAAAAGACAGAAAAAAUAAUCUACUCAAGUGAUAUGAUAAAAAUAAAGAGCCAAGACAAAAUGAGAGAGUGAUUGUUUCCAACUCUUGCACAACUGAAAGUCUGCCAGUCUAGUAAUGAACAGAGUGUCUUGUCUGUAAAUGUGAAUUUUGGUAUGUUUACUUGUACUUCAGGUACUUUUAAAAGUAACUGGUAACUAAUGCAGAGGAGUAAAAAAAUGCAGUAUUUCUCUUUCAAUCACACUUCAUUGACAGUAAAUAAAAAUGACCAUCUCCAAUGUAGUAGCGCUACCUCAAACCCGUGCGGCUUAAUGACAGUACUUGAGGAAAUAUGCUUUACGACAUUCCACCUCUGCCUGUCAGGCAUGUAUUUCUGUGUCACCGCAGUUAGCACUCUCACAAUGCACCAUUUGUAAAACAUGCUAGGAAUGCAGCAACAGGUGGAGGCAGCUUUACCUCAUGCAGCCUUUUGACGUGUUUGAAUACAAGUAUUUCUAAAACACAGACACUCAGUCACUUUUGUCUUAUUCUACAUUCUGACAUGAAUAUUUUGUUUCUUUCACUCAAAUUCUGUUGCUUGUCAUUGGUGAAAAUGAAAUAUAAUCUCCUUGAUGAAGAGCUGUCUGUUGCAAUGUGAAAUAUGGAUAUGAAAUGCAAUUGAAACGUCUGGUUAUGAAACAAAUAAGUGUAACAUCUGCUCUCCUGUUAUUUUUGCUGUAUGUGUUUGUCAUCUAUGGUUUGUUACUGUCCAUCUGUUGUAUUGAUGCUGAAAGGUUGUAUGCGGUUAAGUUGUCAGAUCUCGACUGAUGAAAAUAGUUGUAUAAUGCUGGAAUAAGGAUGAUAAGAGAGGUGAAACUAAACCACACGAUAGACUUUAACAUCGUAUAUGAGAUUCAAACGCCUGCACUUGGGCGCACAGAGUGAAAAAAAUCGACUACUCCACGCUGUCAAAGCUUAAAAUAGUGAAUUAGCUGACAAGUUGACACAUGUCAACAUGUUGACAUACAUUAAGCUGCACCCUGUGUGUGGUCACCAGCAAUGGUUGAAUGUGUUUUGACAUCCCUGAAGUGCCACAAGUGCAGGUUACCCUUUAAGGUGCUGGUCUUCAAACAGAAAAAAAAAAAAGUCUGUCAGCUGCAGACUUAUGUAAGGUGACCAGACGUCCCCAAUUUCCGGGGACAGUCCCCAAAUUGGCAAAAACUGUCCCCAAAAAUGUCCCCGAUUUAAGCAUUUCAUGAAUGAGAACAAAAAUGUUGCGUGUAGGCUAGAACAGCAGUUAUUACAGUAGCCGAAUGGUUAGAAAGCACAAGUAAGCAGUCCUAAACAACAGUUUUUACGGGGUACGGGGGUUAUUACAAGGGGCGUGCACUGCUACUGAAUAGUAUCGAGAUGUUGUCUGUGAUCACGCAGCCCGUGCACCCCCCGCCGCACCGAAUUUCAUUACAGAAAUCUGGUCACCUUAGACUUAUCUGGUGAUUCUGUUUUUGUCUGUCCCUGUUUUCACAUGACGUAGCUUUUUAAUCAAGAGUUCAUACAAGAAAGGAAAUCAGCAGAUUUAAAGGGCAGAAAAAGUGACGCUGAUAAAUCUGGUCGACCUACUACCUGUGUGGUUUGUUUUCAUAUGCGGCAACAGAAACAUUGUUACACAGCAACUGGCUUGUUGAAGAUUCACCACCCUGUUUGUGGCUCUACAGACGCUGCAAAUUUAACAUCGCACUCUGAAGAUUCCACUCACAACCUCCAGCCAAGUGUGGAGGCCCACAACACAUGCACACACACAUUCAAACUCACACACUCAAACACACAGACACACACAAAUACAUGCAUGUAGCCAUAGAAAUCACAUGUUCUCUAAUACAAGUACUGACAUUCACACAUGCAUCCAUGCUGACUUGCAUGUGCAUAAACACAAACACACACACACAACUCCUGCUGCGCCUGUAAAAUCAGCAUAGCUCUCACAAAUUCCUCCAACACCUCCCACCCCAUGUGGACGCAUACAUACACACACUCACAUGCACACACUCACACUUCUGUGAACCCCACACAAUUAAUGUGAAAUCACAUCCAUCUUCCAGCCCUCCUCCCCUCCCCAGUUUCUCCAUUACGAAUAGCUGAGGAUUGCAUUCUCUCCCCCUGGCCUUGCCUGAUGUUGUUUUUACAUGUCUUGUUGUGUGCAAUACUCUCCCUUAUGUAAGACAAGAUUACCCAACAUGAGUGCUAUUCUCAGUGGGGGUGAUCGCACUGGUGCAUUCCAAGCUCAAUGAGAGAUGGAGGAAAAUUGAGAGAGAGGUGAGCGGGAGAUAAUCUCCUCUUAAUGAUUAUUUUUAUGGCAGCCAUGCUUCACUUCAUUGUCAGGACUCAAGAUAGAGGGAAAAGCAGAGGGAGAGGAAGCUAUGCUGCAAAAGUCAUGACUCAGAUUCAAACUCACGAGCACCUGCUGAGCUACCACGACGCCUCAGAGUCAACAGCCUUAAGUGGAUUAUUUCUUUGCAGAUUUAACCCUCGCCUCAGUAUGAGCACUGAGGGCUCCUUGAUAAAUAUUGACCAAGAGAUAAGGAGGGAGUGUGCUUAGUUAGACCUUGUGUAUCCUGUUCACAGUCACAGGAGGAUGGAGUAGCCCUAGCAUACAUUAGAUUGAAAUAUUCUGAACAGGUUUUGAAGGUAUUACAUACUAAUGAUGUGGUAGCAGAGGAUGUGCGGGCACUGAAUCUUGAGUUCAAAGAAAUGGAGAGGAAGCUUUCAAAGCAGGAGCAUUUCCAGGGGUGGGCUGGGGUGGCAUGGCCCUAUCUUUUAAUUUUAAUGGUCACCCAGAGUGCCAAACAAUCCUUAACUAUGAUUGGCUUGCAUUUUAGUCUUUCAUUGUAACACAUCACCUUCUGAUCAAAAGUUACUCAGUUUUCCUACUUUAUGAUAUCUUACCAGCAAACACAAUGUUUGCAGGACUUCUACAACCAGGAUAAAGUGACUCCAGGACCCGAAGUAAACAGUUUAGCGGCGCUACAACACGUUACAGGUCCUGUUUGACAAGAAACACUUCUGUUACAGACACUUGGCUUACUUUGUUAAAGCGGUUUACCUGUCCAGCAGAAAGGUUACAGGGUCCAGGUGGUCCGGGUGGUCUACCUCCUUUUAAAGCGCCCUUUAUUCCGCCAGAGUCUCAGGUAUUAACUUUGUUUUCCUGCUUGUGUUGGCAGUCGUGGCUAAAGGAGGAUUCAGACAAUUUUCUGUACUUUCUGGUUGGUUUCUACUGUCCGAUAUUGUUGUACGCUAACUUUGUUUGGGCUCCUGAAAACACGGGGGAGCAGCGUCUGCCUCACAACCAAUCAGGUUGGGGAGGUGGAGAACGGCUUUGUUUUCAGUCAGAAAGAGCGAAGCGCUCCAAAAAUUUUAAAUGUUGACUACACAGACAAAACAAAACACAGCGAUAUCGUUAUAUUACUAAAUGUCAUCAAUGAGUAAUGGCUAUUGACUGAUAUUAAAAGUUUAGUUGUUUAUACACCAUAAAAAAACAUGCUUCUCUAACGGAUUCCUGCCUACCCCACCUUUAACUAGGGCCCAAGAACAGACAAGUUCUUGAUUCAAAGAGGAACAACAAUAGCACUUUGUUUAUGAUUUAUCAUGCACCUAAUAAACAACUAUUGCAUUCAGUCUUUUUUCCAAGAAUAACCCACACGUCUUAGAUACAUGGUCUCACAUUGAACUCUUAUGAAUCGUGUGUCUUUUUAGUAACAAGUCAGCAUUAAUUCUUGGCUUAUUAGGAAGCAAUUUACAAGCCCGACCGCAUUGGUUCUGGCUGAACUAUCCUGCAUGCUCCCAUACAUGUGAUACCAAAUAUUAUGUUCUACAAUCAAGUCCUCUAUUGUCCUUGUACUCCUUCAUAGAGACUUCUCACAGAUGAAGCAGACGGCUGAUACACUUACACAAACACUCCUCUGUUGAUAAGGCAGCCAAAAUAGAUCACCUCAAACUGUAGCUUGUUUGUGUGAGUAGUAAGCUAGUAGGCAUACAUGAGGUAGCAGACGCGAUUUGAGACAGUUAUUUGACUGAUGUCGAGUUCCUUCUGGAAAUGCCUCUUGUAUGAAAAAUUGGGAACACUGUGUAUCGAAAAAACACUCUUACAAUUGGAUUCAUUGAUAAGUUCACCAAGGAUACAACAAGAAACAAUAAGAUACAAUAAAAUAUGACAAAAUAUGUUUUAAUACAGUACCUUAUAUGACCAUGACACGUUAUGUUACACUAUACUAUAUUACAUUUCAAUAGAAUAUGAUAUGAUACAGUAAGUUAUACAAAAUGAGUCACAAUACAAGUUACAUGAUAACAUUCAAAGGGGAACUUCUAUUAUUGGUGCUUGAGGGAAAUUCAAAUAUGAGGUUUGAUUGUAAAAUACACAGAAACACAAAAUAAUGCUCUACUAUUUGGUCAUUAGCCAACGAUUAUAGUAUAAAUGGGAUAAACCGAUUAGACCAUUUUAAAUGGAAAAAACUUCAUUACAUAGUAAUUACAUUUAUGAAAAUGUGAUUGCUAUUAAGUUUGGGUUCAUUGACUGUAUGCUCCUGCUAAAGCCUAAUUAACACACAGCCACAGCUGCCAACAAGCUAGUAAACACUGCUGAGUAUUAAAAAAAAAGAAAAACAAGACUUGACUUCCAGGUCUUGGUGUAACCAAUGAACGGGAAAGGGUCAGGGCGACUGGCAAAGGGCAGAAUUAUUUAUUAUUGACUGAAUUUCCCCCUGAGAUAAAUAAAGUAUUCUGUUUCUGAAACUCUGAUUUGUUUCUUGGAAAAACAGCAGAAAAAAAUCAGAAUUCAGACUUAAAUUCAGACUUGAAACUUUGAAGAAAAAAAGUUGUUAUAUUCCUAUUGGAAAAAGGACUUGAAGUUCACAAUGGCACAAGGUUAGCAUUGGUUUUAAAAGUUUCUAUAUUCCCCAGUGUUUGCAAAAACAACAAUAAAGUAUGAAUCUAGCUUCACUAAAAAAAAAAAAAAUUCAUCAAUUCAACUACAAAAAAAAUCUCAUCCUACACAAAAGAACAGGAAUGUGAUCAGUGAGGAAAUGUUCCCCCUGAAAACAAACACACUUUGACGUGAGCCAGCAUCCCAAAACCAUUCCAAGACGUGCUGUCUGUCUGUCUGUCUGUCUGUCUGAAGGCCGUAUAGUAAAGGAAAUAUCCUACAGAGUUACCAACUUUCAGGCCAUAAACUAUUUUAAACUUGCUGGCAUCUUAAUAGGAAACAGCAACCAGCCCCACCUCCUCCUUUUGCACGUAAAGGAUGCUGCUACAGCUAAGUUGUGUACAUGCUGGACAGUCUUAUCAAAGCAUGAAGAGGUUGAAAUAAUCCAAUCACUAAGUUAGCGAUAAAAGGACUGCUUGUUCACCCAAGCCUUGCAUCUGACUUGAGAACAACAUGUGGUGUGGAAGUGCUAAUGUGCGUGGUCACAUGGCAUCAGGGUGCAUCUCAGCGCUGUGCCUGGGAUGUUAUGUGACUGAGUGUUGUGAACGGCGCUACGAUUAUUUACAGUUUUUAUUGUAGUUUAUUGUGAGAAAAAAAUUCUACGGUAUCUACGCUUUAUAAAUCAAACUUAUUAUGAAGCUGUGUUUUCAUUAAAAGAACGACAACAGAGCCCCUCUAUGUUAAGUCUGGCAUUGACAUAUCUAUCUCAUCAGCAUUCUCCCCAUAAAAAAAACUCCAAACAGAACAUAUAAAAGCUGUUCUGGUGAAAGGCUACAACCUUAAGCACCCAGGCUUGUUUGCACAUUACACACAUUAUUUGUAAUGGAGCACAUGGCUUGAUGAAUGAGCUCCCUUGAUCUCCCUCUCAAUCUCUUGAGCAGGCAUGUCCUUCGGAAAGGGGGGGGGCUCAGCAGAGAAAAAGAGGAGAGUAUGUGUUUCAAAUUAAUCAAUCCUUCUCAUUUCCCCUCUCUCCUCUGAAGCAGACAGACCCCCUCCUGGAGGGGGGUCUGCUGCAGUGGGGCGGAAGAAAAAAAACAAAACACUGUCAUCUGUUUUCAUGGAGGUGGCAGAGGCCCAGUCCCCAGCUGUGGUUUGGCCAAGAGGAGGAGAUAAAAAAGCCGGAGUGAAAUAAGGUGUAGGAGCAGAGGAAGGGGAAGGAGAAAUAAGCAGGAGAGAGCAGGAGACCUCAUGCUAGGAGUUGGGUCAGGAUGACAGUCGAGGAUCAUGGGAUAUUCUGGCCUCCAUACGUGUACAAAGGCAGCUGACAGAUGACUGUGCAGUGGCAUACCGGGCGCUGAUCCAGAGUCUCAAUCCCUGUGGGGAGAGUCUCUCUUUCACUCUGUCUGAGCGUCUCUCUACCAAAAUCACUCAAUUUCCAUUUCUCCCCAUUCACCCCCUCUUAUCUCUUCAUUGUCAACCCUCCUGGUCCCAUGUUCACCAAUAAACCCUCUCCCUCAAUGCCUCUCCUCACUGGUGCUCGUAAUCAAAUUAGGUUUGCUCCAAGAAGUUGAGGAAACACUAAGUCACAGUGGAGACGCUGAACAGACAACGCCCUCCAACUGACAUUUGUUUUCUCAAUAACUUGCGGCUUAGGCGAUGAGGAGAGAAUAGUAGGUGUCACACUCCCACACAAGGCACUACACGAAUACUCACAUAGCAUAAACAGGGUAUCAGCUAGGGUUUAGACAAUGGUUUUAGACUCAGACCCCCCCGGAGGUCUGUGAGCUGGCUUUGACAGAGUGGCCAUUGUCUCAGUCAUGUUUACAACCGCACCUGACUUUGUUGUCACAUGUGUGUCACUGAAGCUUUCAGAGAAUGUGCAUGAGUGUGUGCGUGUGUGUGUGUUUGUGUGAAAGAGAGAGAGAGAAAAAGAGAGAGAGAGAGAGAGAGAGAGAGAGAGAGAGAGAGAGAGAGAGAGAGAGAGAAAAAGAGAGAGAGAGAGAGAGAGAGAGAGAGCACGUGUGGGUGUCACUUGUGAACUAAAAUGAACUCAAGGAAACAAUUUCAGAUAUCCUUUAAGACUCCGUUCACCCAGGGUAACAAAUCGUCCAGCUGUAUUCAACACUUGAUUUUGAUUGGUUAAAAACCCAUUACAAUGGUAAUUAAUUCUGCAUAGCGUAGCAACGCCAGCAGCACACAGAUGACACAUGUUAUAUCAAUUCAAGCCCUGAACAGAAGUCCAGCACAUUUAUGUUUGUGAUUUCAACACUUCCUGUUGACAGUGUGGCUAAAGUGCUAGGGUCUGAUAGCAACAGUAAACAACAUUAAUAGAACCCUUAACAGUAUUUAGAGACAACAAAACUUUGAUUUGUGGUUAAUGGAUGGCUAGUCAUUUGGAAACUAGCAUGUGAUGUUAAUACACACAAGGGGCUGAGAAACAGACAUCAAGCAAAUCGAAGAAAACAGACAAGACAGUUAAAGGGUUUUUCGCUGGGUAAGAAGGAGGAUACAGUCUAGUGAACUGAUGCGAAAUAAAAUCAUGACAAGGAUAGAUGAGACCUGACACUAAACAGAGGGUUCUUAUUCAUCCUGGUGUUUUUUUUAGUAUAAUCACCUGCUCACUAUUUACUCUCACAUUUAUACCAUUUCAAGUACUGAGAAAUAAUGAUUACAAUCUGGUUAUUUCUUUUAACAGGUACCUUUGAUAAUAAUUCAUAACACUUGUGUUGAAAUAGUCAACUACUGCUGUUGUCAAAUGUGAUAAGUGACAACAAAAUUAAGGGCCAGUAGAGGUCUAGUUAACAAAAUUUGAGCUUAUUCUGCUUUUUUUGUUUUAUAUUGUUUUGAAUUCAACAUGUUUGAUCGCAGGUCAAACAAUUAAAGCGAUUUUUAGAUAUUACUCUGUACUAUGGGGAUUGGUGAUGAAUAUUUUUCUGACAUUUUUAGGCCUUAAUGAUUUCAUUAAUAAUACACUUAUCUGACAAAACUGGAUCAUUCCUCACAGUCAUAUAACACCUGAUGUACUUAGCUCCUUUUUUAUUACGAUUAGCGCAUAAUCCUUUUAUUUCAUCUGUCACCUACUUCAAAUUGAUAAGUAUGUGCUCUGCCGCAGCACUGCUGAUCAUCAUUAUCCAUGCUACCCACAUGCUUAACCAUUUGCCACCACAGCCACUGUUUAUCCAGCCCACCAAGCACAUGAGCAGCCAUAAUGACACUAAUCGCCCGAGAGCUCACUUUUCCUCUGAGUGCUUAUGUACUGCAUUGUGCCUUAAGAGCCAUCUGUGUUCCCGUCUUAAAUCGAUCUAUCUUGCACAUUCCAAAACUACAAGAGGACGGGAGAGGCAGCACUUCCAUUCAUUAAUAAUGUGAAUGGGGUGCGGGGGAUGUGGGCUACUGUUUCUUCGAGGGUCAGUUUGUGGAGGGAGCUAGACCUCCCCGGCCCUCUGAGAUCUGGUAGAAUAAGGCAGCUCAUGACAUCUGACCCCAGUGCUAUCUGACUUCACAGGGUGUAGCUGAAGAGAUGCUGCCAAUACUGAUAUUAGUUCACUGAAUUUUUCAGUCCUUGGACAUUGUACUUUGCAUUUAUUUUUUGCUCUGAAACAUUUUAGUUUGAUGCCAAAACAAUAUAUUACAUGUAAAAGACGAUGUCACUUAAUUAGGAUUAGUAAAGGUGUUAAACCAAUAUUCGGAAAUCAUAGCAGUUAAAGAGGGAAUGAUUGUUUGUUUGCUAAAGAGGCAAGAUGUUUUUGAAUUACUUAAUGGUUUCAAGAGAUUUCCACUUAGUAGAAUACUUAUAUAUAUAUUGCUAAAUGAGCUCUUGUAUUUGCUAUGCAGCUAAUCAUAAUUCUGAAGUGACAUACCCAUGAAAACUCACAAAUAACAUAAAGUGAUGUAUUCCAUUAUCCAGCAGUGAUUGCUCCCCUAAAGAGGGUCAAUGGCAAUGACAAAACAGAAAAAACUCAUUUUUGUUGAAAAUUGUGUCCUUUGGUUUUAUGACCUCUGAUGGUAUUGCGGAUAACCAGUUUCUUAAUCUUGUUACAAAGCUACCCAUGGUGCUUUGUACUUUUAUUUUGAUCCUGCGAUGACAUAAAAUUGGUAUCCAAAUAUGUGACAGUUUUAAGGUCAGAGCUGGAGCUUGAACACAACCAGACAUGCACACAUACACAGUGCUCAGUGUGAGGAUUAGCUUUGCUGCCUCUCAGUUAAAUGGUUCUGGGUUCAAAUCCUUGCUGGGGGUGGGGACUAAAAGCUUUUCUCAGAGUGCGGUCGGAGCUAUGCUUUUGAAUGAUCAUAAUGUGAAGGUGAAACAAAAAGGUAUAAGGCACAUAUGCCAGGUGCAUAGGGCUCUUUUACUGAAAUGAUGCAGGGUUCAAAUCCUGGCCAGGGGAGGUCCAUGUCAAUCAGGAACUGCACACUCGACACUGUGGUUUUUUGUUUGUUUUUAAAUGAAAGUAAUGAAAGGAUGUCAUGAAAAGCAUAAAAAGCAGGUAUGCCAGACAGGGCUGUGGUGUAGUGGUUUAAGCUGCUGCCUUUCAGUGUUCCAGUUCUGGGACCAUAUCCUAGCCACAGACUCUCUAUAAGAGGUAAAAAUGACAAGUUUUCAUACCACUGAGGUGGUAGAUGUUCUUUUUAUCUACCACAAUUGAAUGGUGAAAUGGAAAAAAAAGGUGUUGCCAGGCAAGCAGAAGGUGUCACCGAUAGAGCUGCAACCUUUCAGUGUUAUGAUUCAGGGUUCAAGUCCUAGCCAGGGGCUCUCAAUGUGACAUGUGGAAAUCUUUUCUCACGGUGAGGCUUGAGUUGUGCUUAAAAUGACCUUAAAGGAAUUAGUGUAACCAAAAGACCUGAAAAAGCACUGCGAGGUAGGCCUGUGUGUGGUCAUUAGGACUGCUGCCUUUCAAUGAAGUGGCUCUGGGUUCAAAUCCAGUGCAAGGGGAGAGCAAGACUCAGGGAGGGAAAGGGCAAGGUUGAGACAGUGAAGGACAGAAAAGGAGGAAAAUGACAGAAAAUAAAAAAAUGAAUACAUACUUGGAGGAUAACCCACAUCUAUUAAAAAUCUUAUCAAUUUAAAGCAUUUUGUUUAGUAUAUUGUGACUUAAAUAGAGUAUACUUCUACCUUUUUCUUCAGUGGUUGAUGUGUGAAAUGUUUGGUUUGUGUAAAAAUAAAUUAAUCAUGUAUAAUUCCUAUUGCAUUAUUUUUUAACAGGGUUAGGAAUUCCUACUCACUAAGAGAAUAUUGGUAUGAGGGCAUGAUGGGAGGGGAUUUUUUGCUGAUCACUUAUCCUUUAACAAAGCACAAGUGACUUGUACUCACUCCAAAUUCCAAAAUGCAAAACAACGCUUCAAGAGUGCAAUCCCAGCCAAACUCAUCUCACUUUACCAUCACUGAUAGAACUCAGUGUCAUGAAUCUGCUGAGCUAUAGAGAAUGUUGUAUCAAUUUUGUAUGAGCUUCACUGUCAAUUGGUGGUCAUAUUAGGUCAGUUCCAUUUCCCCCUUUAGAAGACAUAUAGCCUAAAGCUAUUUAUAUGAAAGCUAUCUAUACUACAGUUUCUUGAGAUUCUUCUGGCUCACCGGCACUGGAUUUGGCUCUUAUCAAUCACAUCAGUCUCGAUGAUCUAAAAUGAGCUGAAUUUAGCUGAGCAUAUGCACAACCAAAACACAUAUAAACAACAGGAAAUUGAAUGGCAUUGGUUCAUCAUCUGUACCUAGUGGGACUUGAAAAAUACCUUGUGCUGCCACCCACAGAUGGGUCCUCAAAAAAAAGGGCCUUUUCAAAGAAGUGGAAUUACCUUGAAAUUGCCCCCACUCUUAUUUUGUCAUUGCAGAGAGAUAAGUGAAGCACAGUUUCUCUUCAUGCAGGAGGUUAAUGUGUGUCUCUGCUCACUUGUCAGAUGUAAUUGAAGGGAACAGCUUAUGAAAAUUAGGUGGCAGGGAUGAGGUCUUUAAUUAGAUCAAGAUCAUGGACAGAAAUGAAUUAGAAUCACCACUUUCAUUACCCACUCGAAAAGCUGCAGCAGCUCGUCGGUUUGAAGAAAAUUCUUAUCACACAGAUAGUGUAAAUGUACAAACAGUGCCUAGAAGGAACAGUGCUCUAUGUUGUUAUUCCUCUCUAAUCCAAACAGGCGUCUUGAGGGAAAGGAAUGCAACUAUUGAUGACUUUCUGCCAAAAUUGAUGCUCAAAUUGACUCAUGAUGUCAGUAGAGCCAUUUGUCAAAUAACCUUAUGUUUUUACAAAGCUCAGCUCGGCCUGAAUUAAUGCUGGAAAAAAAGUGUUGAACUCAGACGCCAUCUAGUGGUGAAACAAUAAAAUAGAAACAAAGGAACAGAAAAUGGAAAAAGGAAUUGAACAUUAAAACCUAAUGAACUCACAGGCCAAUAUAUAUGUAUAUUUUAUAUCAGAAGUAGAAUCAGAUUCAGCUUUUGUGGCCAUACAUUUAUGUCAAUGUCUGGAUAUGAGUCGUUAUGUAAUAUUAAAUACGCAAGUAUCUAACAACUAUGCACAGACCUACAUAAAACAAUACUAUAGUAUUAGACAUGGGUUGUUUUCCUUGCAAAUAGCAAACAUUGUGUGCAAAUACAACAUUAAAAACAUGCCAACCCAGAGUUUUGUGGUUUAGAAGCCCAAGUUUUCCUGUAAAAACAAGUAGAUUCGAUAGUUUCUCUUGAAAUCUGGACUUAAUGCCAGCAUAGCAUGCCAUAGUCUGUCUCAAUGUGCAUGUAAACACACGUAAAAGUUUUGUUUUCUAGCACACCAAGUCCUUUUUUAUUUGAAGAACAAUACAUAUAAACAAACAGUGGUACAUUGUAAAAAAGAGCAACUGUGAAAUGAGAUGUAAAGUGCCUAUAAUAACCCCUCUUCUCCCUCAUCUCCUACCUAUCUUCCACCCCGCCCUACGUUGGCCACAUCACAUGGACAAGAAAUAUACAAAUAUACAAAAAAGUAAAUUAAUAGAUGAGAUGUAAUAAAAUAUAUAGUAUACACAUGUACGUAUAUACACACAUUGACAUAACUAAAAUAAAUAAGUAAAAUAAUCAAUUAAACAUAAAUAAAUAAAUGAAUGAAAAGGGAAAAUCUCAAGUAGCAGUACUGUCAUCUUCAGGUAUUAGGUCAAGGUUAUUUGCAUAGUCUAUAAAAGGUUUCCACACACACCAAGUUACAUAUAAUUGGUGUGACCAACUUUGACAUCAUGAGAUAAAAUAAAGUAAAAUAAACAUCUGUUAUUAGCACUGCCAUCUUGGGGUGUCAACAAAAUUAAGUCCAGAUCUCAAGGAAACUAUAAGGCAUUACAAAAAGGAAAAUAAUGAUUAAAAAAAAAAAAAAAGAAAUAAUAGAUUUUAAAAAAAGAAAGACUUUUUAACUUUUUAAUCAGGGGACAUCUUCUCUCCACAGCACACACUUGCACUGACCUUGAAAUACUUGGUUCACUUUAACAUUUGUGGUGAAUUAUUAGAAAAAUUUAAACCCAGUUUUCGGUUUCUGAGUCAAACCCUCCGCGCAAUUUACCCCGAAUGCAUUGAUCUGAUUGGUGGAUCCUGCGAGGGCGGCGCGCCCCAUUCUGCCUGACAGACAAAGAAGAGGGCAUAGACGUAAGACUGACGCAAGGCCUUUACGGAAGGAGACACGCUGUACCUCUGAGGAGGAGAGAGAGAGGGAGAGGGGGGCUUCUGUCAGCUUGUUCAACACGUGCUUUCACUGCAGAGGAAACGUGGGCUCUAAUGCUGCCUAAACACAAGCUGGACUUGAUAAAAUUCACUGCCGGUAAGUGUGUUGUUUUUAGAGACAGAGAAUCAGUGUUACGAGCGAGUGAGCCAUUGUUAUUCUGACCAUGGAGACUGACAGCUGUCAAAUAAGUUGAUUGUUCAGUUAGUAUUUGUCUUACAAACCAUUUUAGGGCAAAGCUAUUCUGGUGAGACUCGGUGUGGGUUUAAUGGAGAGCUAAAGCUUUCUCAAAUGUCUCAGUGGGAAAAUAACACACCACGCACUCAGUUCUAGUUCUAGUUCUUGGUUUGGACAUUUUUGUCAACAGUUUAAGCGGGACAACAUGACUCAGAAAAGUCGCAGUUGGCUCAGGUGGCUCUUCCUCAUUUCUGCGCGCUUGUUUUGUUAUUGGUAUUUCCCGCCAAUUGAUUAUGAUCAGUGAUCAGUCUUCUGAUCAUAAAAUCCUCUGUUUUGUGAGGUAGACUUUUAAUUUGUCUCUAGUAUCACAACUCGAUCAAAGUCUCUGUGAAUUAUAAUGAGUGGAUAAGUUAAAGUCACAUUUCAGUAGACACUGAAACAAACAAACAGUGUGUUUGCCCCACCUGCAAUUGUCAACAAUAGGCAAGUGACCCAUUUUUCUUCCAUUUAUUCUCUUGUAAUAAUCAACAUAUCUCAUCACAUUAAACUUGCAAUGUUUGAUUAACAGCAAGACAGUCAUGUACAAUACAUCAGACAAUCUGAUAAGCUGUAAAACACAUGAAAAGAGUCAUGAAACAGUGAUUUAAUGAGUCAAAUUUGGAGAAAUUAGUCUGUUUACCUCUAAUUAAACACAAUGAUAAUUGGUGCUAACUCUGCAAUAAUUGUAUUCCAAGAAUCAGGAUGAUAUAUUGCUAAAUGUAUGUUCUGCCACACGCCUGUGUAAUUAAAGUUACAUAUUUGCCAACGUUUAAGCAACAUGAGUGACGUGCACAGUGAACUGAAUAUAUAACUCAAACCAGUUUAGAUAUUUAUUUCUCACUGUAUUUGCUCUUUAUAUAAUCAGUUUUGGCUCACAUGUGUUUCAGCAAGUGGAGUUACAAACACACCUUUGGGGUGUAGCUCAUAUUUGAUGCUAUUUUUAGUUGAAUAAAAAUGUUGUCUUGUUUGUUAUGGUCAGUCCUUUACGCGUGACGCCAUUAUGAAGUACAUCCUGGUGACUGGAGGUGUCAUAUCUGGCAUCGGUAAGGGCAUCAUCGCAAGCAGCGUUGGAACGAUCCUCAAGUCCUGUGGCCUUCAUGUGACGGCCAUUAAAAUCGACCCGUACAUCAAUAUUGACGCCGGUACCUUCUCACCCUAUGAACAUGGUGAGUUAUGAGUUGAUUCAAUAAGGUUGAUUGUUAUGAUCUGUAGUGUGUCCUCUGCUGUUUUUAUAAGAUGGUGUGUUUGAGAUCAGCUGCUAAUGUUUGAGAAGAUGUGACCCGAUGGCAGAUGGCGGGAUGCCUAAACUGCUCUUAGCUCGGCGGCACAGGGCCAACAGUUUCCAUACAACAGAGGCCUUUUGUUUCAGAGGCACAUUUGGAUCUUUCAGUGUAUCAACCUUGUGAUAAAGUGGAUCACAUCUCUGUUGUGCAGGUGAAGUCUUUGUUCUUGACGAUGGAGGAGAAGUGGAUCUAGACUUGGGGAACUAUGAGCGGUUUCUGGACAUCCGUCUCAUCAGAGAUAACAACAUCACCACGGGGAAGAUCUACCAGUCUGUUAUCAACAAGGAGAGGAGGGGGGACUACCUGGGCAAGACUGUGCAGGGUGAGUUCAGGCUUGUCCUUUGAUAGAGUCCAUAUUUUUUAACAUAUUUUGAGUGAAAAAUGUCUCAUAUUUUAAAAAUACUUUCACAGUGGUACCGCACAUCACAGACGCCAUCCAGGAGUGGGUGAUGAAGCAGGCCAAGAUCUCAGUAGAUGAUGAUGGUGUGGAGCCACAAGUUUGUGUCAUAGAGGUAAGCCGGUCUUGGGAACUUCAGUUGGAGUUGUAAUGUAUUUAUAUGAAUUUGCAGAAGAAAAACAGUAUAGGAAAAUGUGGUUGAGUGAUUUUGAGUGAAAUCAGGCAUAAAGGAAAAUAAAGCAUUAGCACUAUAGGGCGAGCAACAGGAGAACAUGCUAAAUUCACACAUAUGGGACUAUCACUAAAGCAGAAAAUAAAAGCUAUUUAGAAAUAAAGAGAUUUAAAAUAUAUCUGGAAAAAUUGCUCCAAAAUGUUCCCCCUUUUUUUUUUUUUUUGUAAGCCUGUCAUUUUCAGUCUCACUACGAUCAGUUUUUUCGUCGUCUUUAUUUGCAUUCUAAAACUGUUGAAUCUCGAUAAACAGAAAUGGUUUCUUUGCCAUAAAAAUGAUAAAGCAGGGUAGGAAAAAGUAAGCACUCUACCACAGUCACACAUAUUUAACAUGAAAAAAUAAGGAGUAAAGAAAAACCACAAAAUCUGAUUUCCUCUGCCUUUGUUUGACUCUUUUUGUCAGUCCAAUUGAAGUGUCUUUAGUGUCUUUCAAACACUUUUUGUCUUGAGUAAAACUCUCGUCAUGAAAAGCUCCUACAAGAAGUAAGUUUAGCUUUCUUUUCCUGCCUGGCCUCCAGCAGUUCUUUUCCUCUGGCAAACAUCAAAACCUGCUCUGACAGUUCCUCAGCUCGGUACAGAGUGACAUUUUGAACUUUUGAAGGCUGUGUCACCGUUAUGUAAGAGUUUGCUGAGAUCUACUGUCUGUGUUCAGAGAUGUAAGCUGUUUUGUGUCAACAGCUGGGAGGAACAGUGGGGGACAUUGAGAGUAUGCCCUUCAUCGAGGCCUUCAGACAGUUCCAGUUUAAAGUGAAGAAGGAGAACUUCUGCAACAUCCAUGUCAGCCUGGUGCCACAGGUAAACGCUCUGUCAACAUGUGUGCCAUCUGCUCUGCUAUGCAUGUCUUCACCUGCACAAUCAAUAUGUCUGAAUCACAUGUAUCACUGUUAUUGAGCUAAAAAGGAAACGUCACAGAAAUCUAAUUGUUUUAAUAUGAAGUACAUCUAUUCCGUACUCCUUAGCCCAGCGCCACAGGAGAGCAGAAGACCAAGCCGACCCAGAACAGUGUCAGAGAGCUCAGGGGUCUGGGCUUGUCCCCAGAUUUGGUGAGUGUGGCGGCUGUUUCUAUUACUCGUCAGUCUCUCUUGAACCCGACGUAAAACAGGCCCAGCCUCUGCUCAAAGUUAAGAUGAUGGAAAUUUGUAAUCAAUAUUUUUACUCAUGAAUUUAUCAGACAGCACACACAAUAGAUAUAAAACCAAGGAUAAUGAAUCUUAGGAAACAGUUUUUCACUGGUGUAUUGAUUAUUGUUUCCCUAUAAGAUUAUGUGUCGUUGUGCAACACCCCUGGAAACUGCUGUCAAGGAGAAGAUCUCGAUGUUCUGUCAUGUGGAGCCCUCACAGGUGAAGUACAGUGGUUUUGUGAUUCUGUCUCCAAUACACAACUUUGUAAGAAGCUCCAUUCAGCCUCCUGACAUAUGGGGAAAAAUCACAAUUAUUAAUCAAUAUUCAGAUCAUGAUUAUGAAAUACAAUUAUUAAGUGUUUUCACUACACCUGCAUCACAUAGUGACAGGAACCAUGUAUUGCAUCUGUAAAGAACUUUGACUUAUCCUUAAUACUUAUAUUUAUUAACCUGAAUACAGGACUUUUACUAAUAUUAGAGUUUUUUCAGUGUUAGAUUGUUGGCUCUUAUCACUGCAGCCUCCUCCCCUCCCUGCUCAUUCUGCCCCUCUGUUUUACUAACACACACCUACUUCUCUGGCCCAUGCCCUCCCACAUUUUAACACGUGUUGUACCAUUUUUAAGGCAGAGCACAUGCUCUUGUUCUAAAGGGACGGCAGUUUGUGACAUAUGGGACUUAACAUGUUUAGUAUGGCAGGCAGCACUGCAACUGUUUCAUCUUGAUUAUCUGAUUUUAAUGAUCAUAGGGGGAGAAAAUCCACCAUGUGUACAACACGUCGCUGACAUUAAGUGAUGAGAAAUCCCUGUUGUCAAAUGCUAAACCUGCAGUGGUGGUAUUAUACUGUAGUAUUUGUUACUUAAAGAGGUCUACAGUAAAUGUGCAGGGUCGGUUAAAUGCUAUGUCUAAGAUUUAUGGUAGUGAUCAAAUGUAAACUGCUCACUGACUUUUUGUUAUCGUUGCCAGGUGAUCUGUGUCCACGAUGUCUCCUCAGUCUACAGAGUACCUCUGCUGCUAGAGAACCAGGGUCUUGUGAGUUACUUCUGUCAGCGGCUCAACCUGUCCGUGGAGAUGAGACCCAGGAAAAUGCUAACAAAGUGGAAAGAGAUGGCUGACAGGUGAGGUGACUUCAGUCUCAGCUGUUAACUUUUCCCCCAAAUAUUUAUGAUGCUCUGCGAUCACGCAGAAACAGACGCACAUCGUUUACCCUGCAGCUUUAGAGACGUCUGUGCAGUCAUCUUGUCAACUUGCAAACCAAGGACUGUCAAAUUUCUGGGAAAGGUUUCCCAAUUUUGAAACCAUGUUUUGAGAACUGUCAAGUUAAGAUUUAAUGGUGCGGUGAGUCACUGUCGAUCAUCCUCUUUCCUGCUCUUCUCAGAUCUGACCGGCUCUUGGAGAGCGUCUCCAUCGCUCUUGUGGGGAAAUACACGAAGCUAUCAGACUCCUACACCUCUGUAAUCAAGGCUCUAGAGCACUCAGCCCUCGCCAUUAAUCACAAACUAAAGGUCAAGGUAUGAAAAACUCACAUUUUUAUGCUCCACACGCUGUUUUUUUUUUUUUUUUUUCAGAAUAGCAAUCACUGCUCCGUUGUUGAUAUGCUAAUUGCUGCUUGAAUCCCUUUUUAAACUGCCAUAAUGGCGGUGAUUUGCCCAUGUUUAUAUAGUAUUGAUCCUGUUGGCGGUGAUAUCGACUUACUUUUCCAAAUGCUGCUGUCUCUUAUUGCAGUACAUUGACUCUGCAGACCUGGAAAACACAACUAUGCAAGACGAGCCAGUGAAAUAUCACGAAGCCUGGCAGAAACUCUGCAGCUCUCAGUGAGUAGACAAACCUGGGGGAGCACAGGUGCCAGGCAGCUUGGAAAAUGAUGUUGGAAAAUUCACAACAAAGUUUAGCUCUGCAGAGUGAUAAAGAGUGAUUACGUGCUCCACUUGAGGGCAGCAGAGGGCCGUCAUACACUCCGGUUUACGCCGCCCCAUUAAAUCGUCAGUGACUUCUGUGCUUUGAGAUUCAUAACGUCUUCUAACAUCCUCAUGUUUAUUUUGAGAUGAGCAUCAGAAAGUUUUCUUCACAAAAACUGGAGCUUGUAUGAGUUUUGAAGUCCUGUAGCAGUUUUUAAUCCAUAUCAGAUUAUAAGCAAUUAUUUCUUAUCACAAAGUUUGGGCAAAAAGAUAAAGCACAAAUAAGAUAAUCGUCUUCUCUGUGGCUGUAGGCCUGCAAUUAAAAGCCUUAUUAUUGCCCAAGUUAAAAGCAAUUACAUAUUCAAUCUCAAUUAUCACCUCAAUUAUGGACUUGUUAUUGUCUUUACUUAGCAUCUCAAAAAGUCAACCUCUCAUAUUGUCCUGGACACUUAAACGCCGUUAUUGUAGAUAUUUAUAUUUUGUUAUAUCUAUCUCUCUCUUCUUAGGGGUGUGCUGGUCCCAGGUGGUUUUGGUGGGAGAGGGACUGAGGGAAAGAUUCUGGCUACCAGCUGGGCGAGGAAACAGAAUAAACCAUUCCUGGGUAAGGGAGAUGCAUAACAACAUUUCAUACUGUCUUUAUUAAAGAUAUUCCGCGUAAACAAACCUGCAAAAGAGUCCGCAUGAAGCACGUUUCCUCCUGUGGGUAGCCGGUUUCUAAAGAUAACGCAGUGAUUUGUGGUAUUCAGCUCCGUACUCGCACAACUGGGAAUAAAACAACUGAAUUAAUAACUUAAGUCUCCCAGAAUUAAUUUGUAGCUUGGAUUUAUGUUUUGUUUUUGUUUUGAAUCACUGUGUGGGUGAAGCUAAUACAAAUACAUAGAUUUAUGAUCAACUAUUCCACACACUGCUGCAGCCAAGAGUAAUCAUUACCUGAGUGGCAGCAUCGCGCCGGGUGACACUUUGGCGUGCAGGAGAAGCGUGUGACCUGGAAUGGGGUGUGUUUACCUGGAAAAACAGACGUGUAAACCCAAAGCAACAUGAAAUGGAAAAACAAAACAGCAGUGUCCAAGUCCGGAGAUGAAAUUAGUGUUGGAAAUUGUAGCUUGAGGACUGUCCUCUCACUCGAAUUUCGCAAAGUGGGAACAAUUAAGCAAAGAAUAAUGAGACACAGAAAUUGUUUUCAGGUGUUUGCAGUUUUUACAAGCCAACUCUGUUCAUUAAAUCCUGAAGGGCAUGAAAACUUGUGCAACCGGUUUUGGUUGUUUUAUAAUCUCGAGGCAUUUGUAAAGAUUCGCCGUCAAGUAUAGCAGUUAUAGAAUCUUUCUCCUUUUUCUGCAUCUGCAAACGACAUCCAAACUUUAAAACUGAUGAGAGUCCAAAGAGAGGUGAAGACUUUUUAUAGGCGCUGUAUAAUCAGAUGCAAACACAGAAGCGCCAGUUGUGUAAAGUGUUUAGCUCUGGAGGGAUCUAGUUGUGUGUUUCUAUAUUUAUGACUCCUUACAAUAGCUUCUCAUUAUGCAAGAAUCCUGCCGCUCUUGUUUUUUCGCAGGGGUGUGUUUGGGCAUGCAGCUGGCAGUGUGCGAGUUCGCCCGCAAUGUUCUUGGAUGGGAAGGUGAGCUGGGGACACUGUUAUGACACCUCCGAUUCCUAUGGUUUUCUAAUUUAACGGUGAAAGAGCCUCAGACCUGAUUUGAGCUUUGAUCAGUUUGGCUUAUCCUCCUCAGAUGCCAACUCCACAGAAUUUAAUCCAGACUCCAAACACCCAGUGGUAGGUUAUCUUUCUCACACGGCGCUCAUAUUGCUUUAUAUCAGCAGAAUGGUUUUAACCUCCUGUGUGAUCUUGACAGGUGAUUGACAUGCCGGAGCACAAUCCAGGGCAGAUGGGUGGGACUAUGAGGCUGGGGAAGAGGCGGACAAUUUUCAACUCCAACACCAGUGUAUUGAGUGUGUAUCCACCCUGAAGAUAACCAUUAAAAGUUGGCUCUUUUUUCCUUCCCAUGCACUGUUCUUUAACGACUUCGCCCGUUUGUUUCUUCUAGGGAAACUUUACGGGGAUGCGGAGUAUGUGGAGGAGAGGCACAGACACAGAUUUGAGGUAGAGACCAAAACAAGGUUUAAAAAACAUUUUCUCUCUGUGAAUGCAGAAAUUAUUCUGUCUGAGCUCUUUGCAGAGAGAGGGUGAAGCUUCUCUUUAAAAUCUUGAUGCGUUUCACUCUUUCGCCCACAUCUAAGCGUUGAAGAAUUUAAGCACGACCUCAGCCCCUCAUUUCUGAAUCACUGAACCUGUGCUCAUUGCAGGUGAACCCUGAGCUGAAGCACCACUUUGAGCAAAAGGGUCUUCAGUUUGUCGGCCAGGAUGUGGAAGGAGAGAGAAUGGAAGUCAUUGAGUUGGAUGGUGAGAGGAGAACGUUUAAAUCUCAAACUGGCUGUUUGUUUUUACAAGCUACAUCCUCCUUUUGGUGUUUGUAGCCUCGUGUACCUGAGGAUCAAUAUGUCCGUGUCUCUGUUUUAGAUCACUGUUACUUUGUUGGAGUGCAGUACCAUCCAGAGUUCACCUCCAGGCCCAUCAAACCCUCUCCACCAUACUUUGGUCUGCUGCUGGCUGCUGCAGGAAAGCUCCAGAGUUUCCUGACAAAGGGCUGCCGCCUGUCCCCACGGUAAGCUCUCAGACAGUGAUGAGAUAUCACAGCGUUAUAAGGGCGGACCUUCAAAUGCAAAUACUAAAUGACUGCAUGAAGCCUCAGAAGUUUACUGGUUCUGUCUAACUAAAGUUUAUGUCCGCAAUUGGGAAUAAAUGUAACUAUAAAACCAAGUGUUAUUUCAAGAUUUUAUAUUCUCUUAAUCCAAUUUAAAGUGCUUCUCUGGGAGUGGGGAUCAAAUCAAUCCAAACUCUUUGAAUAUGUUUCUCAUAUUACAUCUGUAACCAUGUAGAUGAGCAAAAUUAACUUCUUUUCUUUUAUGACCAAAGUGUAUAAAGUCUUAACUGGGUAUCAUCGAACGCAGUUCAAAGUUAGCCGACUUGUCAACAUCAGUGGAAGUUUACAAGCUUAUUUUUUAUUCAGUGUCAUCAUCUACCGUCAUAUAUUAUUAUGCAAUGUAAUUCCAUCAAAAACCCCCAUGGGUAUUACAGCUGCAGUUUACUGGGACACUUUGUCAUCAAUGCACCUUCAAUCACAAUAAAGCUGUCCCUGUCAGGCAUUACUGCUGUAAUAGACCUUUUAUGAAUUCAUCUUUCAUUGCAGGGACACUUACAGCGACCGCAGCGGCAGCAGCUCCCCCGAAACCGACUUCGCCGAGCUCAAGUUUCCCUCUUUGUCCUUCGACUAAGGCUGUGGUUCUUCUGUUACUGUCAAUCAUGCAGAAAAAAAAAGAAAACAAGGCUCAGGAAAGAAAGAAAAAAAACCUGCCCUCAACUGAUGCUGCUAAGCUCGUACUUUAAUGACACUGUUUUCACACUCUGGGUGGUAAAAGAUGUUGUAGAUAUUUAAUUCUAUUACGCCAUGAGAUUUUGUGUGAAGGGACGUUCUGCUGGUUGAUACAUAAAACAAACGCUGUGUUCAGUUGGGAACUAUGAGAACAGAUGUGGAUACCUGGAUGAGAAAAAAGGUAAAGCAACAAUUUCAAGGGAGAAUCAGAGUUAUCAGGUCACCUUGUGAAUUCAUCCAGUCCUUGAGAUGUUCCCAGAGUAUCAUUGAUGCAUUUACAUCUUUGAAAAGAUGUUUUAUUGUCUGUUCUAAAGGUUUAUUUAAUGUAUUAAUGUUUUUCUCCUCUGGGGUGUAACAUCAUCUUCUGUUAAUCUCUUAUUCAGGGUUACCACACAGCUAACACUACACUUGUACUCUUGUUACUGUGUGUUUUAUGUGAAUUUUAUUCUGGUUAAAAUAAAGUGUAUUGCUUAAUUAUCAGCCUAUAUAUCAUAUUUCGUGUUUUGCAUGAGAGUUUUAAAAGUCUCAGUCGUGCACUUUGGUGGUUUUAUAGCGCACCGGUUCAGGUUGCAUGACUUUUAUGUUUGAGACCUUUCGCUUGCUGACAGCAACAAUAACUGUUACGAACUCGAUUGUGGUUUACUGCCGCGUCUGACCCACAGCUUCCUGAAAUUGGAUCAUGCUGAUUCACAGUCAUCUGACAAUCCGGGGUAAUUAAAGUGACCUCGUGAGGUAAGAGUAUAACUUGGAAAAAAGAAGAGAAACUGUUGUCUGUAAAGUGUAAGUAAAACCUGCUUGAAGUGAAAGCAUCAGUAGGAGCCAACGGUGUGUGAAAAGCAUCGAGUUUCUAAGUUACAUUUUCACUUCAGAGUGUUUUUAAAUCCCAGCUAUACAUGAACUCCUUAAAAAAAAAACGCUGAUGCUUUCAUUUUUCUGUUUGUGACCCAAAUGAACGAAGAAUAUGAUCUAUUUUUGUAUCUAUGAAGCUCAGAUGGUCGUGUUUGUUCACUGAAUAAAUGUAUUUUUUCCUCCUGAUGACCUGCUCUUUGUUCAAGUCUAAAUGAGAGUCAUUCUAAAGACCAAAAUAUUCCAGUUACUUUCACAUCUUCAACAGAAUGAAAGCUAUUGUCGUCACUGAUCACA